CUUUGACGACCACAUGAGCCAUCGCCCAUUUUAACCGUUACCUGAGCGGCUGACAACUCAAGGUGAAUAACUCAUAUUUAUCUACCAAAAUGGUAUUAAAUAUUGUUAUAUUAGUAAUUUUGAAAGAUAAUUUACCUUAAGUAAUUAGUUUUUCACAAGUUUAGAAUUUGUAUGACCGUCGCAGUGUUAAAUUUAACACCCAAACUAACGUUGCUUGAAUUACAGGUAACCAUAAUACAGGCCUAGUGGAAGCUUCCAGUUCGGUUAAACUUGCGUCGUGCUCAUUCCCUAACUUUACUAAACUUUUUUUGUGCAGAUUUCUUCAGCACAAAUUGAGAAUUAUUUUUUUUCAACUAUUACUAAGACAUUUUAGCAAGUGUGACGAUAGCAAAACACGGUAAGAAAUGAUGUAGGUUUCUGUAGUGGGAGUUUUAUCAAACAGCUGAAGUCCCUUUCGCUUCUACAAAUGGCCAUGGACAGAGACGGGGGCUGACAGCUGAGGUUAUUUUUGGGACAGGCAGUUCAUGCGGCAGAGGUGACAAAGCUGGUAAAUGUCACUCUUUGAAAGGCACAUAUCUGCUUCUAUUUGACCUUGUUACAGGAAAAUUCAUUCGUUAUUAGUAUGAAUGUGCCUUUCUGUUGAAUAGACUUGAGGUCAGGUUUUAGUGCUGUUUAAUUUCUUAAGGGCCAGGACAAGGGUAGGCCUACUGACACUUACAGUAACCGCUAGCCAUAAAUAUGCCCAUCUCAACUAUGGGUUUAAGUCUAUUUUCAUAGCUCACACAUAUUUUUAGAGUACAUUUUGAAAAAGAAAAAAUAGCUACCUCUACAGUGGUUUCGAUGUAUUUAACUGGAUAGCUGGAAUAUAGGCUAAUAUCUGACCAUAGUUGAUGCCAAAUAUUGAUAUUUUGGUUUUAAGAUAAUGAGGCACUUUAAACAGAUUUCCCCUAUGAUUUCAUUUAUCACAAGCGAUGGGAUAAAGCAGUAUGUAAGUUGGUGUUUGUCUUCCAAUUUGACUGCACUGAAGUAUUCAUCUUUUUUUUUAAAUUACAGGUACAAACAAUGGAUCCAAACUUAUUCGGUGGAGUCCCCAGGUUUCUCACCCGCCCAAAGGCGUUCUCGGUGUGUGUAGGCAAGGAUGCCACACUAAGCUGCACUAUUGUGGGCAGUCCGACCCCGCUGAUCACCUGGGAAAAGGAGAAGCUGAGGCUGACAUCUGGGGGACGCUUUAAGACUGUUGAGGAUGGGAAUGUCUACCGUUUAACUAUCUAUGAUCUAACACUGGAAGACAGCGGCCAGUACAUGUGCCGGGCUAAGAACAAUGUUGGUGAAGCUUAUGCCGCUGUUACUCUCAAAGUGGCCCUGCCAUCAGAGAUAGCUCAGAGGGCCCCUGCUUUCCUGGUUAAGCCGUCCUCUGCACGUGUAGGUUUGGGAGGUGAUGCUGUUUUCUUCUGCCGGGUUGUGGCUCACCCUGAAGCCAACUUUGAUUGGGAGAAAGAUGGGCGUUACCUGGGAGAGAGUAACCGCGUCAAGAUUGUGUCUGACAGCGACAGCAGCACCUUAAGGAUCCAAAGUGUACGCAACCUGGACAGCGGCACCUACACCUGCAGGGCCCAGAAUACUGUUGGUCGUGCACAUGUUGCAGCAGCUCUUGUUGUGGAUGCUCAGGAUUCCCGCCAUCUUUCUGCAGACAAAAACACCUCACUCCUUUCCCACCUGCAAAAGCGCAAAGAGGAGAUGAAGAAAGACAUCUCUAUCUAUCGCACCGAGGAAAGCAGCACCACUGUUUCUUCAUCCUCAGCAACAAGCAUCAGAGAUGGUUUUAGCCUGGACCAUGAGCUAAGGGCAUCUGCGCUGGCAAAGCUGCCCAAAGGUGUGUUCACUCGUACCUGUACCGUCACUGAGGGCAAACACGCCAAACUCAGCUGCUUUGUGACGGGUCACCCCAAACCCCACACUAUCUGGAGGAAGGAUGGAACAAACAUCAGUGAGGGCCGCAGGCAUGUCAUUUAUGAGGACCAAGCGGAGAACUUCGUCCUCAAGAUCCUGUACUGCAAGCAGAGUGAUAAUGGUCUCUACACCUGCAACGCCACCAAUAUGGCUGGGCAGACCUAUAGUGCUGUGUUGGUAACAGUCAAAGGUAAGGCCAUCAUGUCCACAUACAUCAUUGCGAUUAUUAUUAUAGCAGAGGGUUAAAGAAAAAACGCCUGUCGCUUUUAUAUUUUAAUGUCCAUUAUGUCUUCUGCACCCAGUACUAAGACACUAAGCCAAUUCCCUCUGAGGACAUAGUUCUGUAAAAAUGCACAUACUACACAGACAUAUCAUCAUUAGCCAAAUCAGCUCAGCACGUCUUCAUUUGGGUCUAUUUCAGGUGUAUGACUAACACAUUUGGUGCUUUAUUUAUUAUUUAUAACUCCAGUGAGGCAUUAAUAUGUGGUAGGUGUAAUUUACUCGAAAUAAUCAGCUGCCUAUGUCCAGUAAGAGAAACUUGUUAGGGCUGACAGCAGUGUGACUUAAGUUUUGUUGUCAACAGUUAUUUAGGCAGAGGCUCAUGGGACAAAAAAUGAAGCUGGUGGUAAACACUCAUUAUUACUGACUGCACUUUUUUAAGUGUUGCCCAAAUCACUAGACCAAAGCCUCAUUUAAACCUCUUAAAGUAAGUGUGGCUAUUCACAACAAGGUUGAAAUUGGCACACCCACUGCAGGAGGGUGUUGUGUUGCAUCUAUUUUCUGCUGGUGAUGAGAAGUUCACAGUUGCUUACAUGGUCCCUCACUUACUGGAGCACUUUGGCGCUUGGGCUACUGUGACCACCCUUGGGGAGAAACUGAAGUGUUCAAAAUGUGUUUUGGUUGUUUACCUCCAUUCAGUUCAUUACGAGGGGCUGUGCCACCAGUGUAGCUGUUUGUUUGUUUUUUUCUUUAAUCAUCUGCGGGUUGCCUCAGUGAAUUUAUUUUAAACACGAUGGUACCAAAAAUUGCACAGGAAGGGUUAUUCUGUUUUUUGGAAAUGCAUUGUGAUGGUUUGUCAGGAAGGAAAGACAGGGAAAUGCUUGGGGAAAUAACUUAUCAAAGACUGGGACUUAAUUAGAAGUGAAAGCUUUACUAUAUCCGCUGAGUGUCUCAGUAGAUAUAUUUAAGUCCUCAGAUGUAAACAUACCACUUGUUCCUUGGAGAUACAUAAUAGAGCAAACUAUUUCAGUUGUCCAGUAAAUUUAACGUGCAUUUUAUGACUGCUUAAUCUCCAUGGAGUGAUUUACUGGACCAAGUGGACUGACCCAUAACUCAUAAUGGAAUUCCACAUGUUUCAGCACUUGUAGACUUUAUAGACUGUGACUUUGCAGCAGAGCAUGCACUCCAUUCCUUGAGUUAAAACUGUUGGCUCAGAUUCAACAAACACAUAUAGAUGAAACAGUAACUGUCAUACGUGUAGUGUAAGAAAAUGGAGAAGUAAAGGAAACAUGCAAGAUGUUCUUUUGAAUCUCAAUUGCAACAGUUGGUAUAGUGGAUGCAUUUACAUUUGAACUUAACACUAUAUAAAUGUGAACAGUUUUCAGUUACAUUGCUGUCUGACAGGUUCAAGCUUACUUUAUAAUGCAUGUCUCAGCUCAAUUAUGUCAUAAAUCAUCUUAAACUUAUGAGAGUUUCCAAAAGCAUGUUUAAAGUAUUUUGGUUGAUUGUUAAUAAGCUCCUGAAAGGAACUGAGAGAUGAGCCCAAUAUUGUCUGUAAAUCAGAUCUCUGCAUACAUGGAAGCAAUUGUGUCUGUUGAAGUACAACACAAGCAUGCCUCAUUCUGCGCAGUGGCUUUGGUGAACACCUAACAAGUCACUUGACCAGUGCCAAAGUGUUUGAUUUUUGUGUUAGUAGUGGCUUUAUCACCUUUCAGACAGAGAGCAUGCUUAAACACAUAAAAGUUGUGAUAAAAAAUCUGGUUCAUUCCACCAAAUAUUAAUUUCUGAACUCUUCUUAAACAAGUAUUCUGGUGUUUUAAAAUGAACAUGAACUUGUGCUUUUUUCUUUGCAUGAUUCACAGACUGAAAAUACUGUAACUUAAUCUCAACUAAUUAUCAUUUUCUGAAAAUACAAGACCACCAUGAGAAUGUUUUGCUUGGAUAUUGGAAUAAAUGUUGUAAAAAAAAAAGUGGUAGAAUCAGAGAGAAGACAUAUUUUUGCAACUGUAACCUAUUUUUUCCCCAGAGUUGUUCAAUACACAAGAAUCAAAACAAAUUAUAACAGCUGAUGAUGAAUACUGUAAACAUUUUCUUUACUGAUUUUGUCAGAAAUUGAAUCCAGACACAUUUUAAAAGGAAUGUUUAAGAGCUUGGUACUGAUGAAUAAUUUGUACUCUACAUGAUUGAGUAGCCUAGCCUAACAUAUUUUCCACUGAAGUUGCCUCAGAUGCUAAACAUAUGAUAUGCUAUGUAUCUUUUUUGAUUUACCAAGUAAGAUCACAAAGAAAUUGAUGUUGAUAUUUCUGAAAAUGGUUGAAGGUUGAUGUGAGAGUUUUGCUGCAUUUGAUCCUCUGUUAAGUUUGUCUAACUCAAGUUUCAAUCAUUUUCUUCUAUCUCAGAGCCAAAGAUUCCAUUCAGGAGGAAGCUGCGGGAUGUGGAGGUACAAGAGAAAGCAUCAGCUACUAUGAUGUGUGAGGUGUCUGCUUCUUCCACCCAGACCAACUGGUUCAUGGAGGAAACACGGCUGGAGGAGAGUGUCAAGUAUAAAAUGGAGCAGGAUGGCACUCUGCGCCGUCUCACCAUUCACAAUGUCACCACAAAUGAUGAUGGUGUUUACAUCUGUGAGAUGAAGGAAGGCAGUCGCACUGUGGCUGAGCUCACUGUCCUGGGUAUGGCUAACUCUUGGUUUCUGUCUUAAGUUACUGUUAUUAUUUAAUAUAUGCCUUUGCUGUUAUUGCAAAGGAAGUGAAGUUGUGUUUGUUUAUUCCUCUCAUUAUACUAGGCAACAUCACUAAGAAGCUUCCUCGAAGGACAGUUGUUCCUAUCAGUGACACUGUCAUCUUCUGUGUGGAGCUGGAGCACCCCUGCAUAGAUGCCUACUGGACCCGCAACGGCGAGAAGCUCAAGGAGGAUUCCCGUAUCUCCAUCGCCUGUGUGCUUAGACAGUACACACUCACUAUUAGAGACUGUCAUGCAGAGGACUCAGGAGAAGUGGCCUUUGUGGCUGGAGACUGCAAGACUUCCACUCGAUUCACUGUCACUGGUGAGAACAAAUAUACUUGUCAGAAUGGCUAAGAAUGUGGAACCAAAUGUUGAACUUUUAAAAUGUUAAACCAAAUACAAAGAUAUACGUGAGAUUGUAGCCAAAUAAUAAAAAAUAACCCUGUCCAUUCCAGCUGCAAGAAAGCAUCCUCCCGAUCCCCCAGUCGAUGCAGUGGUGCAGAACAAGACUGACUCAUCCAUCACUCUUCAGUGGUCUCCUCCCGACAGCGACCGCCCUGUGCCCAUCAAGGGCUACAUUGUAGAGAGGAGGAAAGUUGGUACUCAGACCUGGCAGAGGUGCAGCACUGGAGAAAGCUUUGUUUUAACUGAGUUUACUAUCAGCAACUUCACUGAGGAAGCCAGCUACCAAUUCAGAAUCUCUGCUAUGAAUGACUUUGGCCAGAGUCCUUACCUUGAGGUUCCUGGAAGCUUCUAUCUUGGUAAAGCUUCUACCUCUGUGACAUCUUUUUAUCCAUGUGAUGCCACUGUGUUCUUUUCUCAAGUAUGCUUCCUCUUUUGUCUUCAGAACCCAGUGCUGAAAUCCGGGCCGGACUGAAAAACAGCACUGCAAUCAGCGGAGAGGAGUUCUCCAUCUCUGUGGAGCUUUCUGCUGUCUGUUCUGGCUUCUGGUCUAUAAAUGGACGACUUCUGCGUAGCGGAGCAGACUACCUCAUCACCAGGUCCAAGACCACGCACACUCUGCUCAUCCGUGACGUGACCAUGGAAAUGAACGGAGCUGAAGUGAAGUUUGUGGGUGGAGGCUCUCAGACAAGUUGCAUUAUAUCUGUGAAGGGUAUGCACUCAUUGUUAGUUAAACUUUAAUCACCCAAAAUGCUCUAUUGGAGCAUAUUUACCCCUGCGCAAUCAUCACCUGAGGUCUAUUUCUAUUAUUUACAGCAUUUCUUUGUGGAAAGCGAAUCCAAAAUAUCUUCUCACCUGAGAUCUGUUUUUUUUAGCUCCUUCUGUCAGGUUCACCAACAAGUCAGAUCAACUCAGGGUGGUCAUUUGCGGCGCACAGGAAACUGCUCAGCUGACUGCCGAAGUGUCAGAUUACGAUUCACAGGUUUGUAAUGGAAGUAUACAUAAUCCUGCAGUACUUAAACCAGUUUUAAAGUACCUUUGCAUUGAUAUCAGUAUACUUUGUAAGAAUUCAGUUGUUUUAUUCAGCCUUCAGACUUUACACCAUCAUCUUCUCACAUGACCUCCUCCCUUUUUGCUCCUUCAGGUGGUUUGGAUGAAGAAUGGAAAAGAAUUAAAAAUGGGAAAGAAGUAUGAAUACAUGAUGAUCGAUCGCAAGAGGACUCUGAUUGUAAACAAUGUGACAGAGGAGGAUGUGGGCAUCUAUGAGUGUGCCUUAGCUGAAGACAAAAUGUCCCUGCAACUCUCUCUUAAAGGUAUGCGCAGUUCUGAGGGGUCUUUGAACUGAUUUGGUAAAAUGCACAGUGAUUGGAAGAAGCACUACUCAAGCACAUCUAAUGCAGACAGUCUGUCUCAGAGCAUUUGAUAUGUGACGUGCUCUGAUAGCUGCUGGCAUGUGCAUAUGAAUGUGAGCCAUCAAACACAGCAAAGAACUAUCUGUCAUCACGUUGUCAGCCCCAGCCUUAAUCUCCUAUUCCAACACAUGCUUGCCCCACUCAUGGGCUGCUUUGACACCCAAGCCUAAACACAUGCAUCUUUAGAGGCAUUUUAGUUAACGUCAGAAAUUUCAUAUGUGCCAGUUCAGUUCAGGCAACACUGAAAUUUAUUUACUUCAUAAAAGUAUAAAAAUUAUUAUAAAAGUAACAGAAGACUCAUAACCCCAUUUCUUUUUGUCUCAGAUGAACCUGCCAAGUUCCUGAACAAAGCCAGAGGCACCAUGGGAAUGACUUCCUCCCUUAAAGGAGACCUGGAGCUGAGCUGUGAGGUUUCUCCAGCUAAUGCAGUUGUUGUUUGGAGAAAAGAUCAGGUUGAGAUCACUGAGGACCAAAGAACCAGCAUUGUCUCCAAAGGGACUCAAAGAAAGCUCAUCAUUAGUAAAGCAAAGAAAAGUGAUGAGGGACAUUACUCCUGUGAGACCGCAGCAGACAAAGUCACAUUCCAGGUCAAGAUAAAAGGUAAGACUGGAUGGUAUAUCUCCAAACACUUGACUGCACAUCUCAGAUAUCAUUCCCCUUACCUUGUUUUUUUGUUUGUUUCCUAGAAACUCUAGCUGUAGCUGCCUUCUCUGACAAGGAGUCAGUCCAGAAAGAAGUGAAAGCAACUCUCUCCCAGAAAGCAACUCUGAGCUGCACCGUUUCGGACAGUAAGACAGAGGUGAAGUGGUACAAAGACGGCAAGUUGUUGAUAUCCAGCAGGGCGAUGUACACAGAGACAAAAGGCAACACUCGUCAGCUGGUCAUAGAAAAGGCGGAGAAGAGCGAUGCUGGAGAGUAUACUUGUGAAGCAGGAGGAGACAAGCUGGUCUUCAAGAUAACUGUGUCAGGUAGGACUGUUCAACUGACUAUACAAGAUCUGCUUUACUGUAAUUGGUAAUGCAAUGAAAUUGAAGUAUGUUAUGGAAAACAUAACACAGAUUGUUAAAAAAAAUGGCAGUAAUGGGCCAUUUCAAGUCUCUGCACUGUUCGUAGUUCCUACAUAACUGCAGCUUGUUCUUGUUAAUGAGGCAUUGUUAAAAGCCACACGUGAAGGCGCUCUAUUGUGAGGCUUAGGCAAUUUGGCCAGAUGCUUAAAUUCUGCAGUUUCUACAGUCAGUAUUUCCACGGAGAUUAAAACUCUGCCAGUAGUGAUUACUUUGUUAAACCCUUAAUCUGCUGUCUGCAAACAAACACGUGUUUUUGUUUUUUUGAUGCUCCGCUUAUUGGCACAAAUGACGGGCUUUAAGUGACUUCACUGAAAUAUCCACAUUAUUUUGAGCUAUAUUAGCCAGCAAUUUGAUUGUUACAGCUGCUAAUGUGCGUGACUAAUCCAGCCAAAGCCGACUAGUUUGCUUCAGCUGAUAGAUACAUACAGUUGAUUUACUACCAAACAUUGGGCUCAAGAAUUUCUGUUCGAUGUGUGAAAUAAGUCGAUAUAGCUAAGUUAUUUUGGGUCACCUGUCACACUAACCGAGGCGGGUUCAUUCUGAACCAAUACAGCACACAUACAAUGCAGGACUAAUAUGCUGUACCAAUAUACCCCGAGGGUUUAGAGAGGGUCAGUUGCAACAUAUUUAUGCAUCGUAAAGCAGCUUUCUGCGUCGAAUUGAGGCUUUUAUUUUGAAGGUUCCAGAUAAAACUGGAUAUUUUUUGUCCAGGAGAGUAAAAGAAUAAUUUUGACCACCAAAAAUUGUUAAAUGGAUGUCUUUGAUAUGUUUUAGUGAUUUGUGAAUUUAAACUUCAUUCAUAUCAUCAUGCGUUUUCUUGUGAAUAUUACACACAGAGGCGGCACAGUCUGCUUUCUUCAACAAGGAGUCUGUCCAGAAGGAGGUCAAAGCCAUCCUCUCCCAGAAAACCGCUCUGAGCUGUGAGGUAGCAGAUACCAACACAGAGGUGAAAUGGUACAAGGAUGGAAAAAUCAUCACUACCACUAAGACAAUCCGUUCUGAGUCGAAAGGCAAAAAUCGGCAGCUAGUGAUCGACAGCGUAGAAAAGAAGGAUGCUGGAGUGUACGUCUGUGAGGCUGGGUCUGAGAAGCUUGAUUUCAGGCUGAAUGUGGCAGGUAAGAAAGAGAAGAUAUUUAGAUUAAUACCAUUUAUUAAAUGCUUGAGAAUAAGCACUGAUACAACCCCAUAAUGCUUCUCCCAUCAGAGGCCAAGUCAGCCUUUUUCAACAGAGAAUCAGUCCAGAAGGAAGUCAAAGCCAUCCUGUCCCAGAGAGCCACUCUGAGCUGUGAGGUGGCCGAAAGCAAGACAGAGGUAAAAUGGUACAAGGAUGGCAAACUGCUAACUUCCAGCAGGACCAUCCACACAGAGUCAAAGGGGAAGAGUCGCCAGCUGGUGAUUGACAGUGUGGAGAAGAAGGAUGCUGGAGAAUACAUCUGUGAGGUUGGGACUGAGAAGCUGGUCUUCAAAAUAAAUGUAGAAGGUAAGGUGAAAGCACUUAGUGUAUAUGUUUUAUUUCACCUGUGGCUGUGACUUAUUGUCUGAUUCCAUAGUCUUCUGUGAAGAGUUAAAAAACUAUUUGUGUUACUUACAAAUAAAUGCUUAUUUUUCUGUUCUCCUUUCAUAUAUGAUUGUGAAUGCCACAAUAAAUGUUGGCUGCAUUGUUGGUUGCCUCAGUUGUCAACGUUUGGUGUGCUCAGCUCAUACAUCUCUGGCCUAGUUUUUGCUUUGAAAUAUGAUCAGUAGAAAAUUCAAGUUGUGCAAAUAGAUUGUUGCUUUUUGGUACUCACUAUUGAGCUUCAUAAAUUGGUAUCUUAAGGCAUUUGUUUGCUCUUCUGGUUCAAUUGUCUGUCAUGUUUUAGUCGCAGUGUCGGUCUGUCUGUGCGCUGAAUGAAUUGUUUUUGAUGUGCAGUCGCUCACUUUUGUCAGCAUCAAAAAGGCUUUUGCUUUAUGACCGCAAAGACUCAUGUUUUUCCCCCGGUUUAAUGCGCCUUGAUAAGCUUCUUUCUCUGUCCUGUUGAAAGGUUUUGUUUUGUAGAUCUUGAGCUAAUGAAUCCUUUUUGGUCUGGAUAACUGUACUGCCGUUACACCCCUUUUCAGCCGCUCCUACUGAAGUCCAAGCUAAAGCCACUCUGCUCAAAAAAGAGUCUGUCCAGCAGGAAGUGAAAGCAUCUCUGUCCCAGAAAACCACUCUGAGCUGUGAGGUAGCUGAUAGCAAGGCAGAGGUAAAAUGGUACAAGGAUGGCAAACAGCUGAGUUCCGGCAGAUCUGUUCACAUGGAAACAAAGGGCAAGACACGGCAGCUGGUGAUUGACAGUGUAGAGAAGAAAGAUGCUGGAGAAUACUUCUGUCAAGUUGGAACUGAAAAAGCCGCUUUUAAAGUACAGGUGUCAGGUAUGAGAAAUAAAACGGUUCUAUUUCUGCUUCUUUUGUGCUGGUUUAUAUGACUGUCCACUUGUUUCUAUAUUAAAGAUGAAGUACAUCUGUAGCUACACUGGAUUUUCUUAGUUUCGGUCCAGACUGUAUCUGAAUUGUUGUGGUGUUUUGGUAUCACAGAUGCCUGCUUAGUUAAAUUUGUUAUUUAGUUGUCGUUUUAUUCAUGUUUGUUGGUCCUAGCUGAAUAAUUCUCUGAUUAUUUGAGCACUGCUGAUGUUUCCUCUUCAUAUUUGGGCUGAUAUCGUAUAGAAACCUGAUUCUAGCGAUGUUUGAUAACACGGUUCUCUUCAUAAACACUUUACAGAGAGCCAAGCCAAACCAGCUAUCUCUACCAAGGAAUCGGUCAAAAAUGAAGUCAAAGCCACUCUUUCCCAACAAGCCACCCUGAGCUGGGAGGUAUCUGAUUCUAAGGCAGAGGUCAAAUGGUACAAGGAUGGUAAACUCCUCUCUACUACUAAGACCAUCCACACAGAGUCUCAAGGAAACAGUCGACAUCUGGUGAUAGACAGCGUAGAAAAGAAGGAUGCUGGGGAGUACGUCUGUGAGGCUGGGGCUGAGAAGUUGGCUUUCAAGAUGCAGGUGGCAGGUAGGAGAACAAAAGUUUAGCAAAUGAAUGCAAAUGUAAAAUUAUCAGUUUAUUCCUGGUAUUAACCACCCAGGUGUUAAGUUCUGUGUUUGUUUGCUUGAGUUUCAUGUUCUCAUUUCUUUGUCAAACAUUUCAUCUCCUCUUCAGAAGCUCCGGCAGGUUUCUCUAACAGGGAGUCCGUCCAGAAAGAUGUCAAAGCCACUCUCUCUCAGAAAGCCACUCUGAGCUGUGAGGUUUCUGAUUCCAAAGCAGAGGUGAAAUGGUACAAGGAUGGCAAACAGCUCACCUCCGGUAAAGCUGUUCACAUGGAAUCAAAGGGGAAAACUCGUGAGCUGGUGAUUGAAAAAAUGGACAAAAAAGACGCCGGAGAGUACACAUGUGAGGCCGGAUCUGAGAAGCUUUCAUUUAAGCUGCAGAUGACAGGUAAAACUUGUUUUAGAAAUAACUACAUUUGCUUAGAAAGUGUUUUUUUCUGCUGAAAUACUGAAAAAAGUUUAUUUCUUUGUAGACGCAGCUGUCAAGUUCCAAAAGAAGCAUGUCAAGGACACACAUAAUGUGCAAGCAAGUGAAAACAUUGUUUUGACAACAGAGCUAACUUCAGAUAGUGGCAGUGUGAAGUGGUUCAGAGAUGGUACGGAGCUUAAGGAGGGCGGCAAGUAUGAAAUGAAAAAAGAUGGCCUGUCUCGUACCCUGAUAGUGAAAUCCACAGAAACCAAAGAUACUGGAUCAUACACCUGUCAAACUGCUGAUGACAAACUGGAGUUUAAAGUUCAAGUGAAAGGCAAGUCAGAAAUAUUUGGAUCGUUUUGAUCAAUGCUUCGUAAAACUUUUUAGAUGUCAGAUGUGUUUUAAUCAGCUUUAUUUUCAUUUCAGAAGCAGCUUUGAAGUUUAUUGCCCCGCUGAAAGCUGCUGCAGUGGAGUUAGGUGGUACACUCAGCCUGGUGUGUGAACUAAACCAGGCCUCAGGGGAUGUUGUCUGGCGGCGUGAUGGCCGUGAGAUAAAACCUGGAGGCAGGCACACUAUCAGGACAGAUAAUGCGAAGCGGGUCCUCACUGUGAGUGGCAUGACUAAAGAAGAUGAAGGAGAAUACAGCUGUGAAUGCAGGAAUGACAAAACCUCUGCCAAAAUCACCUCAAAAGGUCACUUUUUAUCUCAUUAACCAAAGAAAUCAAAGCUUUGGGGUAGAAACCUUUCAGUUAACCUCUUUGAUGUGAUUCUUGUAUUUUUCAGCGCCCAGAUUAGUGAGACUGACCACCAAACUGAACAAUGUGGCUGCGAUGGAGGGAAAAGAUGCCAUCUUUAAGUGUGCGGUCAAUCCUGCAGAUGCCAAGGUUAAAUGGUUCCACAACAGCUUACCUGUCACUGCUGGGCCCAAGUAUAAAAUUGAGCUAGGCGGCGGCAGUCACUCCUUAACCAUCACCUCUGUUAGUCAAAAGGAUGCUGGAGAGAUAAGCAUGGAUGCUGAAGGAAAAACCUGUCAGGCUACACUACAAGUGCAACGUAAGAAUCUGAAUUCCCCAUAAAGCUGUUUUAAUUAUGCUACAAAUACAAUCCCCUCAUUGACUUUUCUUACACCCCGUUUAGAUGAGCCUGUGACCUUCAAGAAGAAGCUGGAAAACCUUACAGUGGAGGAGCAGAGUGAAGUGAAACUGGAGGUGGAGCUCAGUAAGCCAUCAGACGAAGUGAGAUGGAUGAAAAACAGUGUUGUAGUGCAGCCUUCAGGAAACAUGGAGAUCCGGGUAAAUGGAGCCAAGCAGGCUCUGGUCUUUAAGAGUGUGACUAAUGCUGACCGAGGCAUCUACUCCUGUGAAACACUGGAUGAUAAAACCCAGGCCAAACUUAGUGUGGAAAGUAAGAUAAACCCUCAUUACACAUUUUAAACAUGACAUACAGCGUGAUUAGUUGGGAACAGUUGCUUCCAUGCUGACAGCCUCUUCUUUCUCUGUCCCCAGUGAAGAAGAUCAGGGUUAACAAAGGCUUAACAGACACUACAGCUCAUGAAACAGAGACUGUAACUCUUGAGGUAGAGCUCAACCAGGCUGAUGUUGAAGGCACCUGGACCAGGGAUGGGGUUAAGUUAAAGUCAGGAGGGAACUGCCGUAUUACCGUCCUGGGAAAGAAGCACGCCUUGACAUUUUCCAACCUGAAGAGGGAGGAUGCCGGAACUAUUGUCUUCCAAGCAGAAGGAGUGCACAUUUCCAGCAAGCUGGUUGUCACAGGUAAGAGCUGUGUCCUGUUAGUAAACUAGGACUAUAUUUAGCAGACUUUGAUUUUAUUGUUGUACGGCAAUUCAAGAAGGAGAUUCAGUCUGGUCGGUUUUGACCAACAUGUUUUCAUUCUCCAGAACCCCCGGCUAUGAUCUCCAACCCCAUCAUGGAUACCAGUGUUGCUGAGAAGGAGAAGGUCACUUUUGAAUGUGAAGUGUCCAGAUCAAAUGCAGAUGUGAAAUGGUUCAAGGUGAGGAAUUAUUCUGGAAUAAGAUUGUAGGAUUAAAAUAAAGAACAUAUAAAAUGUAACGCUUUGAAAAAAUGCUGACUAUGCAGAACGAUGUGGAACUCAAACCAGGGAAGAACUUUGGUAUUCAUUCGUUGGGCCGAAAGCGCUCUUUGGUCAUCAACAAAUGCACCCCUGAGGAUGCUGGCACCUACAUCUGUCGCACUGCCGAUGAUAACACCUCUGCCAAACUCACUGUUCAUGGUAAUAUUAAGUCAUAUCACAAAACCUACAAAUCAGUAAUCUAUGGUGAAGAUUAAAAGUGUCCUGUACACGUGAACAUCCUUAAAAUCUUUACCCCUGCAGCCAGAGAAAUUACGAUUGUUAAGAAGCUGGAGGAUGUUGAGGUGAUGGAGAAGGAGAGUGCUGCAUUUGUCUGUGAAGUCUCACAUGAUGAAGUGGAAUGCCAGUGGUACAGAGGAGGUGUCAAACUCAAAGCUGGUGAUAACAUCAAGUUGAGACAGGAGGGUAAGUCUCAAGAAAUUUGUAAACCUGUGUGAUUUACUUGUACUGUUAUGGAAUUUGUCUGCUUUUGUCACUACAAGCUGUCCUUUCCUGACUGCAGGCAGAACCUAUGUGCUGCUGUUCAGGUCAGUUACCCCAGGAGAUAUUGGUGAGAUUAAAUUCACAGCUGAAAAAGCCUCUUCAACCGCAAAGCUGAAAGUGAAAGGUAAACAAACACAGAUUAUGCUGUACCUGUGCUGUUGCAUGAGUCAGCUAACCUUUAUGUUUCAAUGUUUAGAUGUGGUUGCAAAUGGAUCAUUUCCAUUUACAAAGACAAUAGCUGUCAGAAAAAAUCAAAUGAGUAGAUGCCUAUGUGGAUUUUAAACUUAAUCCACAACAAGGAUUCAGUUUACAGACUAUUGAAGUUAGAGUAUGUCUAAAAAUCCUGGAUCUGACUUUCAAAUUUGAACAAGCAAAGUGAGGAAAAUGUAUAAGGUCACAGCAGAGUUUGAUGAAAUGUUAUCCUGUUCAGAGAGUAAACACAUGCAUCAUGCUGACAUUGUUGAUGAGAUGGAAAAUCCAGCUGCAACUUGCAUUUUCAUUGUUGUGCCUCAUUGAGGCCUGAUGGCAAAGGAAACACAGGUCCAGAAUUAUUACCGGGGGUUACAGCUCAAAAGUUUUUCAGUGACACAAAUUUUGUGACAGAGUUGAUAGUGUACUUUGUUAUCGGUUUACCAUAAGCUGCUCAAAAUGCACAAGUUUUCUUGUUUCAAGCUCUGCAGUCAUGCAACCACAUGCAGAAGUAACAUACACACAGUAAUAACCAUUAUUUAAUCAAGUGCCAUUACCAGAUUAUAGCCAUCUGCUGUAGCUCUUACAAAUAAAUGUAACAAGUUAUGCUGCGCCUAAUGCAGUUAUGCUUUGAUGCCACAUUUGCUUUGCUUGGGCCAUUUCUUAAUUUAACUAAAACAUUGCCUGUCCUCAAGCGCACUCAGGCGAGGACUUUGGCAAGGCCUUUGCAUUAAUAGCCAAUGAUAACUGUGGCAUUCGUGAUAGUUUUUGUUGAUUCAGUGUCAUUGUUACUGUAGAGCUGCCUGUCAAGUUUGUGAGGAAACUCAGGGAUAAGAUAGCGAUGUAUAAGCAUCGCGGUCAUCUUGAAUGCCAAGUGUCACGUGCCAGCGCAAAGGUGAAGUGGUUCAAGAACAAGGCGGAGAUCAAGCACGGCAAGAAGUACGAGAUCAAGAGUGAAGACGUGUACCGAAAACUCACCAUCAACGAUGUGGAUUCGGGAGAUGAAGACACGUAUACCUGUGACGCCACUGAUGACAAGACAUCCUGUAAACUUCUUGUGGAAGGUAACACCGGGAAAAAUGAUGAAGAUUUCAAGUUCAGUAUCAGGUUUAUCAGCUGAGGGAUAUCAUAUAAAAAAGUGUAAUCAGAUUACACAUUCAAAACAAGCCAUCAGACUCAAAGUCAAUGAGGUUACUGUCUUAAGAUCCAUAUAUGUCCGUCUGUCUAUAUUUUCCAUGCAUCCGUAUACUUAAUAUGUGUCUAUUCCUGUAGACUGAUACAGUUUUUAUAAUUAAGGUAAAACAGGAAAAUUUACUUACCUAUUUUCAGCCAUGCUUAAUGAAGUAAUAAACUUGGUAUUUAUAAGUAUUCAUCAAAUAAGAACAAUUAGGAGAAAUUUAUUUUCAUCACAGGUCGUGUCACUUAUGCACAUCUUUAAGCGUUUUGGCCAAUCGGGACGUUGCUGUCGACUCCUUUGCCUAGCCUCGCUUCUGGUUUAACAGUCAUUUUCUCGACAAAGGGUCAGAGCUGAUCAGGAUCUCUUUGAAAACUGAGCUAUCCCUUCAGAUAUAGUUCAUAGAUGAGAAAAACUGUUUUUCUACAAUAGGCCUAUGUACACUAGAAGGUACAGGGGUAAAUCAUAAAUAUAAUGAUGGAUGGAUUCCAUUCACCUCUGUCACUUUCACAAUCCUGGCGUUGUGCACGCUGGCCCUCACGCUGAUAGUGCUUGUUAGUAAGCUGUAUCAUUUGUGACACUUGUGCUUUUCCACCUUCAACAAUUGAAACUCUGAAGUGGAAUUUGCUAGUCAGCAAAUGAAAAAGAAGACACAGGAGAGUGAGCUGUCCAGUCUGCCAAAGUAGAUAACACCUGUAUUCGUGUAUUGUAGCAUAAGAAUGUCCUGAGACAUAGUCUUUGCUGUGGAUUGACUAGAAAUGAAUGUGCUCUGCAUGUUCGGUUAUUGUUUAAUAGGUGUCUUUAGUUUUUGUGUGUUCUGUUCAUUUCUUAAUUCUUAAUAAUUAAGUCAAUGUUUGAUUAAAAUCACUAAUAGCAGAUUAUGACAUUAGUUGCAGAAACCGUCAAAGCUUAACUUCGUAUCAAGUUGUGUAUCCUUGAAGAAUUCCCAAUACUUUAUGUCUUAUAUUUAUUUCAAAUACUUAAAGUGACGAUGAUACAGUUGUGCACUUUCAGCUUAUUAAAUGUAUAGUUUAUUGUAACUUACAAGUUUUUAUGUUAAAUAAAUUACUGUAUGUUUUGGUUGUUAAGUUAAAGAAAAGUAUAAAGUUACAUUCAUAAAGGGCUCAACCAAAACUGCACCAGCAUUUAUCUUAUUUAAAAAUGGCUUAACUGAAGAUGUAGCUGAUCUAUAUUUUGAUUGCUCACAUCAUACCCAUAAUGUUUUUGUUAAUGCAAAAAUUGAAAAUUUAAGCUACCAUAGGUAUUAACAUAACCCUAAAAUCUGGUAAUAAAAUAAACAGGUAAGUACAAGAAUUAUUAUUUGUAUAAUGAAAUAUUGUUUCUGAUUUAUGCUUUCAAAAGAAUUAUUUGAUUUUGAUUACCACAAUGUUUAGUAUUGAAAAAGACUCAACUGAAAAGGUUUUUCACUGGAAAAACAAAUCUUUUGUAAUCAAUCGUAAUCAUAUCAUUGAUUUCUCAUUGGACCAUCCUCUCUCCAACCCCUCCAGAGCAAUCCAUCAGCAUUGUGAGAGAGCUUAGUUCUGUAGAAGUGACCGAGCCCUUCGCAGCUGUGUUUGAAGUUGAAAUUAGUAUGGAACUUGUAAAACCUCCAAUAUGGACCCUGAAUGGAGUUGCCUUAAAGGAAAGCACUGAUGUUGAAAUGGAGAAAGAGGGCACUCUGCAUCGCCUCACUUUCAAAAAGACCAAAGCCACAAUGACAGGACCGUUGCAGUUCACAGCUGGGAAGAGCAAAUCUUUGGCCCAGCUCACUGUCAAAGGUAAGAGUGUUAAAUCAAAUCACGCCGGUCGUACAUUUGAGCCUGAAUACUCACUGUUCCUUUGCACUUCUCAUUUAGAGCGUCCUCUGGAGGUUGCAGAGCCCAUGAAGGAUGUGAAGGCGAAGGAGAAAAGUUCAGCCAUACUCACUUGCAAAUUCUCUGCCCCGCCCAAAGACGUUCAUUGGCUCAAAGGUCGGGUUCCUCUGGCACAGUCAGAUAAAUACAACAUAAAGCAAGAUGCUACAAGAGCCCAGCUGACCAUUCAUAAGUUGACUGAGGAGGACAGUGGACAGUAUUGCUGUCAGUCUGGACCUGCUGAAACCAAAGGCACUCUCACUGUUGAAGGUACAGUAAAGGCACGCCAGUCUUGUACACCAUCUAUCAGAUUAAGACGCUGGUAAUUGAACUGAAACGGUCUUGUUUCUUUAUCUAGUGCGUGAAAUUAAGGUCACCAAGCACUUGACUGACACAGAGGUUGAUGAAGACUGUGAUGCAGUGUUCACAUGUGAGAUCAACUACGCAGAUGAAGAGGUUCAGUGGCUUCUGAAUGAUAAGGUGCUCUUCACCAAUGAAGUGAACACCAUUGCUCAUGAUGGGAAAGUUCACAAACUUACGCUCAAGAACUUGGCGCCUCAGGAUGGUGGGACUAUUACCUUCAAAGUCCGUAAGGUGACAGAGUCUGUUACACUUAAGGUUAAAGGUAAGAGCUUUGACUGAUUAGAGAACUGUACAACAACAUAACAAUGUCAAUGUGUCCCACCUUGAAUCACCCAGUUACUGACAAGCUAAUUGGUCCUCUCUUCAUGUCACCAGAGAAGCGUGCUGUGUUCCUCAAGUCCCUAGAUGAUGUUAUCGGAGAGGAGAAGGGCAUGAUAACUCUCGCGUGUGAGGCAUCCAAGCCCAGAGUGUCGCCCACAUGGAGGAAAGAAAGCAAAGUCUUGAAGGCAGGACCAAAGUAUGAGCUGCUCCACACAGGCAAGUCUUUGGGACUGAUCAUUAAGGACGUCACUAAAGAAGAUGCUGGAGAGUACAGCUGUGAUCUAGGAACAGAGGUUUCUAAAUCAAAGGUCACUGUGAGAGGUUGGUACCAUAGUUCUUGUAUUUUGUUUUAUAGUUUAUGCUUCUGUGAUAGUGUUUUGAUUUUCACCAAUUUGUUUAUUCUCGAUCUUUAAUUUAGAGAUUGGCAUUGGAAUAACCAAGUGGCUGAAGUCAGCUGAGGUGAAUGAAGGAGAGAGCUGCAGCUUUGAGUGCAUCUUAUCUCGCGAGAGCACAGACGAGUGUUCUUGGACUCUUAAUGGCCAAACUGUCACAAAUGGCGGCCGCUUCAAGAUCACCAGUAAAGGACGCAAAUACAUGCUGACCAUAAAGGAUGUUACUGUUACUGAUGCUGGAGAAGUGGCCUUCAACCUUAAAGACCUCAACUCCAAAACAACAUUAACAGUUGAAGGUUGGUUAAAUCAAUAUUUUUAGGAGGCCAAGAUUAAGUCACAAAAGAUAUUACAGGUCUUAAUCAUGUGCCUACUUGUGUUACAGGUAAAGCCUCAUCUGUGACCAAAGGACUCGAGGGCGUUAGCGUCGUUCAAGGGGAAGAUGCAGUGUUUGUCUGUGAGGUGACACAGGCUAGCUCAACUGUAAAGUGGUCCAAAGAAGGCAAAGCCAUCAGGAAGAGUCAGAAGUAUGACAUUAGCCAAGAGGAGAAGGUUAUGAAGCUGAUCAUUCAUAAUGUUUCCGCUCAAGACACUGGAGAGUACAGUUGUGAAGUUAUUGGAGGUGCAACCACGAAAGCCAAACUUGAAAUCAAGGGUAAAGCAUGAGCUACUGUUUUCACUUACUUUGAUUUAAGUGCACUUUUAGUGAUAGUUGUAUAUCUUCACGGGAUAGACUACCAGUUUUAAAAUUUAAUCAAAAUCCAAUACUUAAAUUGUAAAUUCUUUCUCUUCUCACAGAGCCAAUCCAUAAAUUCACAAAGGCGCUGCAGGACAGCAAAGCAGAGGAGAAGGGCUCUGUGACAUUACAAUGUGAGACUGCACAAACCCCAUCCAGUGUGGUAUGGCUUAAAGGUCACACAGAGCUCAAGGCAGGUGGUCGAUAUGAGAUGUCCCAGAAGGAGGGGGUCUUCACUCUCACCAUCAAACACCUGGAGGAGAAAGACACUGACAUAUACACAUGUGAUGUGGGCACUGCUAAGAGCAUGGCAAAGCUGACCGUCAAUGGUAAGAGCAUAAGUCUAGGUGUAUACAAGUGUAGGGUAAGUCCUGGUGUUAUAGAACAAAUGAUCCUACAGGGUUGGUUUGAAUUAUUUGUUGAUCAAAUGUUCAUCUAAAGACGCAAAGAAGGGAUAGUGUGGAUGAUGGUAAGUGUUUAGUCCUUUUUUUCCAUCUAACUUUUAAUACAAGAUUUUUUAAAUUCAUGCAGAAAUGAAUGAAGCCUGAAACUCAAUCUUAUAAAGGACUUACCUUGCACCGUUCUACUGUCAAUGGCUUUGCAAGGUUUUUGAGGUGAAUGAGAUGAAUGUUGUCAUGAUUUUCAUCUAGACUUGCUCUGGUUUUGCAGAAAAAACAGGGGCUGUGUCAGUUGUUUUUGAGGAGAAUCUGCUUUAUUUUUUGGCCAUGUCAGUCCCCCAGAUUUGCCAUUUGUACAGGCAUGCUGAUUUCAAGGUGCAUCUAAGGCCUGAACUGAUAAUCACAUUCAAGAGGAGGGUUUUUAGUCAUUUUCACAAAAUCUCCUGCAUUUUCCAAGUUGAAGUUUGCUUUGGUACUUUGUGUUUAAGUGCAUCGCUUAGGGGUUUACUUUCGAAUCUAUCCUCUUUGUCAUGAGUUUGUAUGCUUGAGAAACUUCACAUCUGUGAAUGGCCUUAAUCAGCAUGUGCAAGCGAUUCAAAGUGUCCUGAUCCCAAAUGCAUUUCUUGUCAUGCACCAAAACAGAUGAAUUUCUGAGUUUUCCUUUUAGUGGUUAUCUUAUGCACUUGAAAAAUGAAAACAUUUUGUACUGCUGUAUACUUUAAAAAGGAACAAAAGUCAAAUGAUGUAAUAAUUUAUUUAUUUUAUAUCUAUCAUGGGAGUGCAACUUCCUCAUCAUUAGUACAACUUUUUGAUUCAUGCAAUAAGGUCAAUGCUUAUGUUAUUUUAGCCCUGCCAAUCAGUUUCAAAGAAAACCUCAAGAACCAGGAGAAAAAGGAAGGAGAGAGUGCAACUCUUCGCUGCAAACUGUCUAAGCCGACUGUCGACAUUCAGUGGAGGAAAGGCUCCGAAAUUCUCAGAGCUGGAGAGAAAUAUGGGAUUAAACAAGAAGAGACUUCCUGUGAGCUUCUGAUAAAGAACUUGAAAGUUGAAGAUGGUGGGGAGUAUUUCUGCAUGUGUGGAGACCAGAAGACAUCUGCAACUGUGAAGGUCCAUGGUAUGGAUUCAGAAAGUCUUGUGGCAAAGUUUAGGCAAAUUUUCUUUCUAAAUGAUACAUUUUGUGAAUUAUUUUUGCUUUUGUUAUGUUUUGUUUGAACCUUUGUAAAACUAUUUCCCAUAGUAUUAGUGAUUAAUUGAGUAAUGAUAACUUGGUUGUACAGCUUUGCCACCAACUUUUGUACGGAAGCUGGAGAGCCAGGAGGCCGAGGAGGGGGCCAGUGUCACACUACACUGUGAGAUCUCUAAACCAGGAGUCCCAGUGGAGUGGAAGAAGGGAACACAGGUCCUGAAAUCUGAAGAAAAGUACCAAAUGAAGCAGAAGGCCACUGUGAAUGAACUCCUGAUUAACAAAGUGGUACCAGAAGACAGUGGAGACUACAGCUGUGUGUGUGGAGAGCAGAAGACGACAGCUAACUUAAAAAUCAAGGGUAUGAUGAAGAUUUUAAGGAGUUUGUCUCAGAAGUUUCGAAGAAACGUUUUAGUUCUCACAUACAGGGAAACGCAUUCUGCAGAUUUUGCAUGCCACUUUGUUUUGUCAAAUAUCAGUUACUUCUCUGCGUCUUUUGUUUUGUUUGUUUGGUUGUUGUUUUUUUUGUGUCUCUUGGUUAAUGUAUUAUUGCUGACCACCACAUGCUAACAACAUACCAAAUCCUCAGCCCUACCAGUGACCUUCAAACAAAAGUUGGAGAGCCAGGAGACCGAGGAGGGAGCCAGUAUUACACUGCACUGUGAGAUCUCUAAACCAGGAGUCCCAGUGGAGUGGAAGAAAGGAACACAGGUCCUGAAAUCUGGAGAAAAGUACCAAAUGAAGCAGAAGGCCACUGUGAAUGAACUCCUGAUCAAUAAAGUGGUCCCAGAAGACAGUGGAGACUACAGCUGUGUGUGUGAAGACCAGAAGACCACAGCUAGCAUCAAGAUCAAGGGUAGGGUGGAGGUUUUCAAAAAGGCCAUCCUUGGAAUUGUUAAUCAGCUUGUUUUGCUUUAUAAACAUGUUGUUUUGCUGUUGUAUGUUUUUGUGUCUCGUGAAUUGUCAGUUUUUGUCUUCUUUUGUUCAAAGGCUGUUUUGUGUUAUCUGUUAUGGCAUACUAAAUUCUAAUCACAUAAUCAAUGCUCAGCUCUACCAGUGACCUUCAAACAAAAGCUGGAGAGCCAGGAGGCCGAGGAGGGAGCCAGUGUUACACUGCACUGUGAGAUCUCUAAACCAGGAGUCCCAGUGGAGUGGAAGAAGGGAACACAGGUCCUGAAAUCUGGAGAAAAGUACCAAAUGAAGCAGAAGGCCUCUAUGAAUGAACUCCUGAUCAACAAAGUUGUACCAGAAGACAGCGGAGACUACAGCUGUGUGUGUGAAGACCAGAAGACCACAGCUAGUCUCAGCAUAAAGGGUAGGAAGAAGAUUUGAAGAUUUGAUCAAAGGAAAAUCCAUUUUGAGAAAGUGCAUCCAAGAAAAUGUAGACAGAUUUGCCAUUGAAGCUGGUUCUCACCGCUCACUGCUUUUGGUGUUUUUUCAAAACUUAGCUGUGUUUUUGCCAUCUGUUCAUAGCUAGUUCUUCAAAAAAAAAUAUUAUUUUAAAUAGUACGCAUGUGCCUUUGCUCGUUAAGGAAGCUUAAUGAAAUGCAAGCUCAAUUUUGUUUGUCUUCUUUUUAAUUUGCUAAAGCAAAUGGAAACAUUGGCUUUGACUGUGCUUAAGCUCAUGAGCUCAAACAUGUAUACCAAGACACUUCUGAUCCUGUAAUACUUUUGGCAAGGCCUGUAAAGUAUUGCUUUGAACAUGUGAUAUAAAUAUUUAAUUGCUUUGUGCUAAACUAAUCGUAUACUGCAUGCUCAGCUCUACCAGUGACCUUCAAGCAAAACCUUGAAAGCCAGGAAGCCGAGGAGGGAACCAGUAUGACUCUGCGCUGUGAGAUCUCUAAACCAGGAGUCCCAGUGGAGUGGAAGAAAGGAACACAGGUCCUGAAAUCUGGAGAAAAGUACCAAAUGAAGCAGAAGGCCUCAGUGAAUGAACUCCUGAUCAACAAAGUAGUACCAGAAGACAGUGGAGACUACAGCUGUGUGUGUGGAGAGCAGAAGACCACAGCUAGCAUCAAGAUCAAGGGUAGGGUGGAGGUUUUUGAAGAGGCCAUCCUUGGAAUUGUUUAUCAGCUUGUUUUGCUUGAUAAACAUGUUGUUUUGCUAUUGUAUGUUUUUGUGUCUCGUAAACUGUCAGUCUUGGUCUUCUGUGUUAAAAUUCUGUAUUAUGUUAUCUGUUCUGGCAUACUCAGCGCUAAUCACAUAAUUAAUGCUCAGCCCAACCAGUGACCUUCAAACAAAAGCUGGAGAGCCAGGAGGCCGAGGAGGGAGCUAGUGUCACACUGCACUGUGAGAUCUCUAAACCAGGAGUCCCAGUGGAGUGGAAGAAAGGAACACAGGUCCUGAAAUCUGGAGAAAAGUACCAAAUGAAGCAGAAGGCCUCUGUGAAUGAACUCCUAAUCAACAAAGUAGUACCAGAAGACAGUGGAGACUACAGCUGUGUGUGUGAAGACCAGAAGACCACAGCUAGCAUCAAGAUCAAGGGUACGAAAGAUUUUGAUUUAUGAAGAAAUCUGUCAGAGUAGGGAUUUCGUCAUUGUGCUUUAUUUGUUGAUGCUUUUAAUGUAGUCUGUGUGAUCCUUAAUUGAAAACUGUCAAUGUCAUGUCAUUUUUUAUACCAUUACUGUACAUAGAAUUAAUAUUUUAAAAUGUGUAUAUGUCAUAAUAGCAAAGCACUGUGUUCUAACAACUAAUACACACUCAGCCCAACCAGUGACCUUCAAACAAAAGCUGGAGAGCCAGGAGGCCGAGGAGGGAGCCAGUGUUACACUGCACUGUGAGAUCUCUAAACCAGGAGUCCCAGUGGAGUGGAAGAAAGGAACACAGGUCCUGAAAUCUGGAGAAAAGUACCAAAUGAAGCAGAAGGCCUCAGUGAAUGAACUCCUGAUCAACAAAGUAGUACCAGAAGACAGUGGAGACUACAGCUGUGUGUGUGGAGAGCAGAAGACCACAGCUAGCUUAAAAAUCAAGGGUAUGAAGAUUUGUGUUUUUAACCUCCUAAUUGUUCUGAAUGCAUUAUGUGUUAUUCCAUAUAUUUUUUUCACUUGGUUACUGCAGGAGGUUUUUUCCAGCUGUUUACUCCUUAACAUAUAACUGUUUUUUAGGUUGAGAGAGAAGAGUUAACACAUUUCCAUUUACUUUUUCAGAUGGUGCACUUUAGUGUCCCUUUUCCUCUUGUUAUUUUGUCCCUAUCUUCGUGUCUUCAUGAUGCCUGUGGGCCUGCUCAACAAAUUGCAGCUCUUGUUUGCUUGUUCAGUAUAUGAUAGAUCAGUAUUUUGGAUGUUUGCCUGGGUUCCUCUUUUGUUACUUCUGUUGACAUGUGCAUUUUGGUCAUUCCUUUAAUGAUUGGAUUUCCAUCAGUCUCCUCCAUGCAGGGCUGAAACUUCUCUUUUAGCCAUGACUAUCCUCAGUUUUUAAUUGUGAUGGUUAAAAUUUCAAUACGAAUUGUUUCCUCCUAGCUGCAAAAGCAUCAGCUCCUCUUACAAGUACCAAACUGGAAUCUAAGAGGCAGGAAACCAAAGAGACAAAAGAAGGUAUGAUGGGGAAAAAGGCAAUGUGCUGGGCUGGUUUUCAGCUUUACGUGCUUCAUACAUCUAAAAAACAGCGUCUGUGUUGUCAUGUGCAGUCUGUCCUUAAAUUGGACUUGUUCCUUUUGGCCUUUAAGGGUUGUGAAAAUUUAUUGAGGGUGCUUUAUUGGGUGCCUCUGCUUCUUGCUUCUUGCCGUAUUGUAUUGCAGCUUAUAUGUCGGUCAUUUUCCUCUUUUUGGCAGUUUGAUAUAAGGAAACCAAGAAAUAGGAAGAAAAACAACACUUAUAUUCACACCAGAGGACUAUAGAGUCUACCUGUUGUUGGCUGCAGUUUUUACACGCACAUUUGCUUAUGCUUGGCAUGACUGAUUUAUUUUGUUGGAGAAGAAUUAAGUUUUUGCAUUUGCAGUUAUAUUGAAGCUGUUAUUCUUUAUCCAACAUUGUCAUGUACCUAUCAUAUUUGUAUUGUAGCCAAGGCCUCUGAGACUUUGUCCCAAGCUGCCAGAGACAAGCAGAAGAGGAUAGAAGUAGUUGAGACAGUAGAAGGUAACGCUCCCGAUUUUUGUUGUUUGGGAUUAUUGUUUGUAAUAAAUUGUGUAUGCUGCGAAUGCAUUGCUUGACGAAGUAGGAAGAGAGAAUUGCGAAUCAAAGUGGAUGAGUACUCUGUGUCUUGGCUUACUGCUGGUGUUAUAGACAAGACUUAAUCCAUUAUGAAUUGACUUACUCCGAGUCUUGUCAUAAGGUGUUGCUCAGAGGCUGUGUAUGGUUUUUCUCUGCUGAUAUAUUGCUUACCUGCGCUUUUUGGACCACCUGCUGGUAAAUGGUCUUGUUUAGUUCAUUAUCCAGUAAAUGUAAUAAUCGUUGUUUUUCGCGGCUGUUGCAGAAAAAUCCAUUUUUAUCUUAACAUCUGUAACUUUCUUUGGGUUACUUUGUUGCAUGGUGGCUGGCUCAUCAGUAUGAACACACAUUUUUGUUUUUCGCCUGGAGUCAUUGCAAGCUACCCUGUACCACUUUGAAAUAUUAAGCCAGUGUUGUGUUGAACUUGAUAGCUGUUAUGCUGCCAACUACUGGAGAGACCCCCAAACAGCAGCUCCUAAAACUGGAGGUAGAGAAAAGUUCUCAAGAGAUCAGAUUGGAAGCUGAAGGUAAUUAAUCAUACACUUGCAUGGCUUUUGACAUAAACUGUUUAUUCAGUUCAUGCAUUUAGCAAGACCUCAAUAUCACAGUGACAAUGUUAUUUAAAUCGUGUAGAUAAAAUCAAGCACUUUUGAAGAGUGGGCUCAAAGUAUAUUUUGUAAUUUAGGCUUUUAACAGGUGACCAGUGCAUAGAUUCAGGUUGUAAAUUUCACCUCUGUCAGGUUUUGAGGUUUAUGUUGUUGUAUUUUAUCUCAGUUGUAAAAACAGCUGCUGGAAUUGCUACAAAACAAGAAACACAGUGGCAGGUGACCAAACCUCCAGAAGAAGGUAUGUUGAAGUUUCCUGCUACUUCUUCAGCAGCAUUUGCAUUGCUUCUCUUUGAAUGUUGGCUGCUGUUCUUAGUUUUUCAGCCAUGUAUUAUUAUUGGCUGUUGCUUCCAUGUGUGUCUCUAAAUUGUUCAGGAGUGGUUUUCCGGAGGUUGAAUUUAUGUUUUGAAUUAUAUAGUUGGGUGUUAUGUGGCAAUGGCUGGUCUGUUCAAUACCUGUGCUGCUUCUUUGUCUCCUGCUGCUUCUCACACUGUCAUUGCUUAGCUUUAUGAUGAUAUCCAUUGCUGCAAAUGUUGUCAGAGAUGCAUCAGUCAUGUAUAAUGUCUAGCUGUUGCUUGGAUGUGCAUCUGUAAAGACUGAGUUGGUUUAUAGGUGUUGAGUCUUAAUAAUUGUAUAUUUUUUCGGGUGUUGUGUAAAUGCCUGACAGUGGCUGUGUUGUUACUCUAUUCAGCUUUUCUUGUGCAGUAUUUUCUGUUGUUAGUAAAUAGUUUGUGUUUCUUGUUGGUCUUUAUGGAAGUGAUGUGAUUGUCUAAUUGUCAGAGGUGGUCAUGUUACUAAAGACAUGGUUUGUGAAAGAAAUAGAUAAUGUGCCUUUUUAUUUUGUGACGCUAAGGCUACAGAGUGUAGUUGUGUGCCAUCUGUUGCAUAAAUGUUAAUUUCAUAAAAAGCUCUAGUCCUAGGUCGGUGUUCAAAGUGAAUGACUUUUAUCACAGCAGGAAAACCGUCAGAUGUUCCUGCAGCAGAGCCUGUCAAAUCUAAGGACACCAAAAAAGUGGAGGAAGGUAUGAGCCCAUCAUUUUACAAAGUUUGGUCAGAAAUGUAUUUGUCCAUUUGGUGGUGUUUGAUAUGUUUGCCUAUGUGCUACCACAGUUUGCCAGGAGAAACUCUGUAGGUUCUUUGAGACUCUUCUUUUGCUGCAGCAGACUCCAUGAAAAUACAUAUAAAAAAUUCCAGCAGAGCUUUUGUUUGUGUCAGGUUCAGACUCUUUUCGUCUUGCGCACAAUUGGAUGUCAUGUUUAUUCUGCUAACAAGGACUUCUAGUUUAUAAAGAGAUUAUUGAAACUAUGCAUUAAUUGUCUACAAAUAACUCCAGUUUCAGCAGAAAAGCUGUCAGCUUCAGCAGUGUCUGUAAAAGUUGAACCUGAGAAACAAGAAUCAAAGAAGAAAGUUGAAGGUAUGUGAUGGGAGAAUAAUAACACACUGUGGAGAGGCUGUUUGUAUUGGGCCUGCUUUCUGCUUUCAUUCAUUGAUUGUUGGGAGUUGUGUUUUGUCUAAUUACUUGGUAUGAUGGUGUAUGCCGUACAUGCGUCAUGACACAGUGUUCAGUCUGCUUUGCUUUUUCAUCCUUGGAUUGUGUUGCAGCUUUUAUGUCAGCCCUCUCCUCUAUAUACAGUUUAGAAAACGGUAAACUUGGCUUAUUCACAUAUUUGAAAAAAGAUGAAACCCUUUACACUUGUACCACAAAUCUGUUGUUGGCUUAAGAUCUGUGUUUGUUUACUUAUGUUUGGAAUGACUGACUGUUAUUGACAUUUCAUUUAUUUUGUUUAAGAAAAUUGCAGUUACACAGGGAGGCACUUUCACUAAAUGCAGAAAUUCUUAUGUCUUUAUCACAUUUUUAUUGUAGCCAAGUCACCUGAAGCUCCAUCCAAAGCUGCCAGUGAUGAGCAGAAGAAGCUAGUGAUAGAUGACACAGUAAAGGGUAAUUCCCCUAAUUUUUAAAUUGGGUUGAAAAUUGUUGAAAACACUGUAUGCAGUUGGGGCAUUUGGGUUUGGAUUUUUUCUCAUCUUGUAUUAUCAUAACUUGUCCUUUAGCGCUUUCAAAGUGUUGGUCCAGUAUUGUGUAAAAUUGUAAAAUCUGUUCAUACUUUCAGUAUGAGCCCACUAUCACUUGUUGACAAAUUCAUUUUAAGCAUGUAGAAAAAUGUUAUAUUUGAAUGUUUGGCUCAGAAUCAGGAAAUCAGAUAACUGGAGCAGUAAUUGUACUAGGACUCGUAUAUCUCUGUGCUGGCUCUUUUCAUCUGCUGUCUCCAGCUUGUACAUUUCACUUCUGUCAGAUUCUGAAGUUUAUGUUGUGUUUGAUCUCAGUUGUAAAAACAGCUGCUGAAAUAACUACAAAGCAAGAAACAAAAAACAAGGUGACCGAACUUCCAGAAGAAGGUAUGAAUCAUUUAUACUUUUUUAUGGACCUGUGCCUCAUUUAAGUGUCCUGCUACUUGUUCAGCAGUAUUUGCAUUGCUUCAUGAAGAUACCAUUCUCUUUGAAUGUUGGCUGCUGUACUUGAUUUCUCAGCCAUGUAUAUUGGCUGUUGCCGCGAUGUGUGUCUCUGAAGUGUUCAGGAGUGAUUUACCGGAGGUUGAAUUUAUGUUUUGAAGUUAUAUAGUUUGGUUUUCUGUGUAAAUGCUUGGCAACGGCUGUUCUGUUCAGUAUUUCCUGAUGUUAGUGAAUUAUUUGUGCUUUCUCGUUGGUUUUGUGGAGGUGAUGUGUUCAAAGCUGUGUCACUCUGAUUGCCAGAGGUGUUUUUCAUGCUCCUCAAGUGAUUUUGCUAUGUGAGGCAAAAAGAGUAUUGCAACUACCCCUGCUGUGAUUUGGCUUCAGUCUGUACAGUUGCGUGUAAUGUUUAUACCACAAAAAGGUGCUGUCCUAGUUCAGUGUUUAAAACUACUGAUAUCAUGAACAUUUUCAUUUGCUACUCUUUUGCAACUCUCAGCUGUGCAACACUUUGUAUGUCCUCUUAGAUCCGUCUUUUGCUGCAGCCCACCGUGUGUAUGUAACAUCCAUAAAAAAUCAGUAGAGAGCUUCUAUUCAUGUCAGUUUUAGAUAUUUUAAAAUCUAGUGUUAUUUAGGCUGUGCUUCCUUGACCUUGUGGCUGUAGGAUGUAUGUCAAGUUGCAUAUCACUUCUAAAUGGACGUCAUGUUUAGUGAUGCACGAUAUGAAAAAUUUCAACCGAUACCGAUAACCGAUAAUUUUCUUCUUCUCAUGGCCGAUACCGAUAACCGAUAAAUUCAUAUUUUUACAUUUAUUAUAAUCUUCAUAUAAUCUGCAGUUUGUGCAGGAUGCAGCGAUUGAAAACUGAUGUUUUUGUUGCUCUGGCCUCUCUAGAACAACAAACAAAAGUUUUUGGCUCUUCAAAUGUGGUCAUUUGCUAUAAAUAACAAUAACAGAGCAAAAAGCAGAACUUCAUUUGAUCCCCUGAACUGUUCAACAGAACUGUAAACUGUAAAGGAGCUAUUAUGAGACAUUAGGCUUAGCAUGCUGACCGGACUAACAUCUGACGUCCAUAUGUCUGUGGUAAAACUCACGUGUAGUCCGUUCUUGUCGAUCAGGUUGUGAAUGUAUGUGGCGACAAUAUCAUAGAGUGCAGGAAGAGACACAUCCGAGAAGAAGCGGCGGCUCGGGAGAGUGUAACGUGGCUCCAAGUGUGCUAUUAACUUGCGAAAACCCGGGUUCUCAACGACGGAAAAAGGCUGGUCGUCGACCGCUAUGAACUCCAUCACUUUGUCGUUAAUGGCUUUAGCCUUUUCGCUGUCUCUUGAGAAGCUUUUGCAGUCUUUAAACGCCCGCUGAAUGGGGACAUCGAUCCUCCGUAGUGUUGUUGCCUUAGCUUUAGUACCGCUAGCAGCUUCGGCGGCUGUCUCAUAUUCUUUUACUACCGCUUCGCCGCGAUGGCGACUUUUCAGAUGAGCUAUCAGAUUCGCUGUGUUAAUAUUUGACGUCUUCUUUCCUCCUCUCGGAAUCCUCGCUGAACAGGUUUUGCAUAUAGCAAUGCUGUUGUCAUCUUCUGCCACUGAGAGAAACGACUAUGCUGGUGAAGACAUUUUAUUAUCUGUCAGGUAGUGACGGGGUCAGGCUUGGGACCUGCGAGUAAGGCGCGAUAGAUGACGUAACCAGCGCGUCUCGGACGGGCGGCUAAUCCGCCUGCAAACGUUACUCGUAAUUUCAUUAAUAUAUCGGAUCUUUCUAUCGGAAAAAUGCACCUAUCGGACCGAUAAAAAUGACGUAAUUUCCCCCCAAAUCGGCCGAUAUUUUAUCGGUCCGAUAAAUAUCGUGUAUCCCUAGUCAUGUUUGAUUUGCAAAUGAAGAGUUCAAGUUUAAAAUGAGAUGAUUUUAGAUGUACAUUUUGUCUACAAUUAACUUCAGUUUCAGCAGAAAAGCCAUCAGCUUCAGCAGUGCCGUCAAAAGUUGAACCAGUGAAACAGGAAUCAAAGAAGAAAGAUGAAGGUAUGUAAUGGGCAUAUGGAGGGGCCGUUAUAUUAGGGCCUGCUUUUCUGCUUUCAUUCAUUGAAUUGUCAAGAGUUGUGUUUUGCUGAUUCACUUGGUGUGAUAGUAUAUGCCUUACAUUGGUUAAAAUACAGUGUACUGUCUGCUCUGUUCGGCUUAUUCCUUGAUUGUGUUGCAGCUUUUAUGUCAGCCCUCUCCUCUGUAUGCAGUUAAGCAAAUGGUAUAUCUGGCUUAAUCCAGUAUCAGGAAGAAAGGACUAUUUGUAUAUGUGCCACAAGUCUGCUGUUGACUAAAGCUCUAUGCCCAUUUACUUAUGACUGAUUGUUAUUAACAUUUCAUUUAUUUUGUUUGAGAAGAAUGAGGUGUUAUUUUGCAGUUACACAGAGAAGCCAUUUCACUAAAUGCAGAAUUCCUAUGUCUUUAUCACAUUUUUAUUGUAGCGAAAUCACUUGAAGCCCUAUCCAAAGCUGCCAGUGAUGAGCAGAAGAAGCUAGCAAAAGAUGACACAGUAAAGGGUAAUUCUACUAAUUUUCUUAAAGUGCUGAGAGUUUUGAAUAUCAACUGCAUGGUGACUCCAUGUUUGAGAUUUUUUUUCCUCAACUACAGUUGUCAUGAACUACACUGAAGCUUUUUUAAGUGGUUGUUUAAUGGUGUGUUUAAUUUGACAGCUGUUACACUGCAGUAUCUGAGAUAAUCAUAUUAAGUUGAGUCAGGUUUUUUAAUUGGUGACUAGGACAGAGUACAUGUACAAUAUAUGUUUGUGCUGGCUCUUAUCAUCUGUUGUCUUCAGGAUGUAGAUUUCCCCUUUGUCAGAUGUUGAGGUUUAUCUUGUGUUUUAUCCCAGUUGAAAAAACAGCAGCUGAAAUAGCUACAGAACAAGAAACACAGGGGCAGGUGACCAAGCCCACAGGAGAAGGUAUGGAAAGAUUUAUACUUUUUAUGGACUUGUGCCCUUCAAAGUCUGCUUCUACUUCUCGCUCCGUCUUUGCAUUUCUUCACAAUGAUACUUGACCUCUUCAAAUGUCGCCUGCUGUCAAAGAUUUGUAAGUCACGUAUGAUGUCUGGCUGUUGCUGGGUUGUGUAUCUGUAUUGGUUUGGCGGAUGACAUAAAGGAUUAAAUUCUGUGUACUGAGUUAUGUGUUCAGGUGUUAUGUUAAUGCCUGGCAAUCGCUGUUGUGUUGCAGUCUUAAGCUGUCCUUACAAGAAUUACUGAUGUCUUGGCAUUGCUUGAUGGAGAUACCAUUCUCUAGGACUGUUGGCUGUGUCUGUACUUUUUGUUGGUUUUGGUAGAGGUAAGGUGAUCAAAGAUAUGUGACUGUGAUAUCUAGUAAGGUCUUUGCUACCUUAAAGAUUUUGCUUUGUGAGGAAAGAAGUAUAUUGCAACUUGUCUUACUGUGAUUUGGCUUCAGUCUUUGUAUUUAUGCGCUAUGUGUUGCAUAAAUGUUAUUUCUCUGACAAGAUGCAGUCCGUGUGGUUGUGAUCAGGCUUAAAUGUUUUAUCACAGCAGAAAAGCCAUCAGAUGCUCCUGCAGCAGAGCCUGUACAAUCUGAGGACACCAAAAAAGUGGAAGAUGGUAUGAACCCAUAGUUUCAAAAUGUAAAAAAAGACUAUUUUGUUUUUUUUUUGUCAGAAAUGUAUUUAUCUCUUUUGUGGAUGAGACAGGAUAUUUCUCCACGGUUUUGACCUUUGGCUGUAAAAUAAAUCCAUUGCAUCUUGCUUCUGAUUGGUUGUCAUGUUUAGCCUGCUGAUGAAGAGUUAAAGUUUAUAAAAAGAUGAUUAAGAAUAUUUUUUUUCAAUAACAAAUAGCUUUAGUUUCUGCAGAGAAGCCACCAGCUUCAGCUGAACCUGAGAAACAAGAACCCGAGAGCAUAGUGGAAGGUAUGUGGUGGAGGUGUAAGAAAACAACGAAUAGAGAGGCUGCUUGUACUGGGAUUGCUUUCUUCUUUCAUUCAUUUGAUUGGCCGGAAGACUUUCUGUGUCAUGAUUACAUUUGUAUUGUAGCCGAGUCACCUGAAGUUCCAUCCAAAGCUGCCAGAGAUGAGGAGACAAAGCUAGAGAUAGAUGACACAAUAACGGGUAAUUCAACUUUUUCUGCAAGUGAAUGUUGUCCUUUUGAAUGUGUUAUAAACACUGUAUGCAGUAAGGGCAUUGUUUGAUUUGGUUAAGAAAAAUAGAGAUGGACAUAAACAACAAACUGAACAAUCACUCCAUGUUUGGGGGCUGGAAAAUCUGAAAUGGGAGAUAGAGAGAGACUUGGGAAUUAAACUGAGCAUGAUCUCAAUAUCACUCACUGACAACUUUAUUUCAAGUAUCUGGAAAUUGAGAUCUGGAAAAAAAACAUAUUUAAGUGUAUCAAGAUGUAAACAAAUGACUAAUGGUAUAGAGAUUGUAAAGGAUACGUGUCCAUGCGGGUUCUUAUAUGUUGUCUUCAGGGUGUAAAUUUCACCUCUGCAAGGUUUUGAGCUUUAUGUUGUGUUUUAUCCCAGUUGAUAAAAUAACUGAUGGAAUAGCUGCAGAACAAGACACGCAAAAGCAGGUGACUGAACCUCCAGAAGAAGGUAUGAAAAGAUUUUGUGUCUCCUGCUACAUCAAGCUCCGUCUUUGCAUUGCGUUUUAUGAUACCAGUCUGUUCAGAUGUUGGCUGCAGUACCAGAUUUUCCAAUCAUGUUAAUUGUUUGGCUGUUGCUGGGUUGUGCAUCUGUUUUGGUUUGGUCGCUGACAUGACUGAUUGAACUUGAGUACUGGUUGGAGUAUCAUGUUGUUGGGUGUUGUUUUAAUGCCUGGCAGUCGCUGUUGUCCCUUAUGUACAUGAAGUGAAAUGUUUUUGCUCUCUGUUGUUUCUGUGAAGGUGAUCUGGUCUGGUCUUAGCUAAUUGCUGGUGUUCUCAGGCAGGACUUGCACCAUUAUGAAUUGGCUUUGGAUCUUGUUGUCUGAAGAAAUAUUUUCAAGGUUGUAUGUGAAUUGUUCUAUUGUUCUGUUAAAGUGCUCACUUGUGCAUUUUGGACCAGCUGCUGGGAAAUGUUCCUGUUUGAUAGAUAAAAUAAACAAUGUUAUUUUUGUUAUUUUGGGGCUUAGGCUGCUAUUUUUGAUAAGCGUUUUUGGUAACCCUUUCUUUUACAGUACACUUAUUACCAGGUAAUUAACAGGAAAUUACCUAGUAACAACAUGAUAACUACUAAGUCAAUACUGUCUAGUUUUCUAAUCCUGGAAAUACCAGAGCAAUUUGGCUUCAAAUUUGUAUGAUGAUGGAAGGUUACCUACCUGGUAGCUAGACAGUUUUGACUUAGUAGUUAUCCUGUAAUUACCAGAUAAUUUCAUGUUGUUACUAGGUAAUUACCUGUUAAUUACCUGGUAAUAAGUGUACCGUAAAAGAAAGCGCUACUGCAUUGUUUUUUUUCCUGCCACUUGAAAUAUGGAGGUCUUCAAGUGACUAUUUUGCAUGGCUGCUGGCUCAUUGGUAUGAAGAUACAGUUUUGUGUCUGUCUAAUCUAAUGUUGUUUUCAAUUCCUUAGUUGUUACACUGCCAGUUACAGAGCAGACCCCCGAUCAGCAGCUCCCUAUAAAACAGGAGAUAGAGAGAGAUUCACAAGAGGUCCAAUUAGAAGCAGAAGGUACUUAGUCACAAGCUUGCAUGGCAUUCAAGAGUAAAUUGGAAAUCUGGAAGCUGUGAAAACUUCAUAUUUGUAGAUAUUGUUAGGUUGUCUCUGUCAGAUUGAGAAGUAUAUAUUGUGUUUUAUCCCAGUUGGAAAAACAGCUGCUGAAAUAGCUAAAGAACAAGAAACACAGGGGCAGGUGACCAAACCUACAGAAGAAGGUAUGAAGAGAUUUGAAGUCUUUGUGGACCUGUGCCUCUUUAAAAUGUUCUGCUUUAUCUUGCUCAGUAUUUGCAUUGCUAAAUGAUGAAACAGUUAUCUAAAAUGUUGGCUGCUGUUCGAGAUGUUUUUAUGUUUGGCUGUUGCUGGGUUGUGUGGUUUUAUGGGUUCAGUGUUUGACAAAUAGGAGUUAAAUUUUGAGUGCUGAAUUAUUGGGUGUUGUGUAAAUGCCUUGAUUCUUUGGCUAUCCUUGUACGUUAGGUCCUGAUUGUAAUGAAAUGUUGACUUUAUUGUUAAUUUUGUGGAUUUUAAAGGUUUUCAUACUACCCCAAAAGUUUGCUUUUAAUUUUUAGUCUUAUGGUUAUUUUGGGGCUUAAGCUGCUAUUUUUGAUAAGCGUUUUUGGUAACCCUUUCUUUUACGGUACACUUAUUACCAGGUAAUUAACAGGUAAUUACCUAGUAACAACAUGGUAACUACUAAGUCAAUACUGUCUAGUUUUUCUUUUUUUUUUCUUUUUUCCUUGCAGCUCCAUUCUCAAAAGCUAUUUGGGGUUCUUAUUUUCUAUAUUGACACUUGAUACAGUCUAUGGGCGUGGGAAGAUUGCGUAGCGAUACGCUGUUUGAGCCAAGCAUUAUCACAGCGACUCAUCCACCGAAUGCGUACAAUGCUACUGCGCAAGAGGUGGUUCCAGGAAGCGGAGAAAAUCCUGGAAAUACCAGAGCAAUUCGGCUUCAAAUUUGUAUGAUGAUGGAAAGUUACCUACCUGGUAGCUAGACAGUAUUGACUUAGUAGUUAUCAUAUAAUUACCAGAUAAUUUCAUGUUGUUACUAGGUAAUUACCUGGUAAUAAGUGUACUGUAAAAGAAAGCGUUACUGCAUUGUUUUUUUUCCUGCCACUUGAAAUAUGGAGGUCUUCAAGUGACUAUUUUGCAUGGCUGCUGGCUCACUGGUAUGAAGAUACAGUUUUGUGUCUGUCUAAUCUAAUGUUGUUUUCAAUUCCUUAGUUGUUACACUGCCAGUUACAGAGCAGACCACCGAUCAGCAGCUCCCUAUAAAACAGGAGAUAGAGAGAGAUUCACAAGAGGUCCAAUUAGAAGCAGAAGGUACUUAGUCACAAGCUUGCAUGGCAUUCAAGAGUAAAUUGGAAAUCUGGAAGCUGUGAAAGCUUCAUAUUUGUAGAUACUGUUAGGUUGUCUCUGUCAGAUUGAGAAGUAUAUCUUGUGUUUUAUCCCAGUUGAAAAAACAGCUGCUGAAAUAGCUAAAGAACAAGAAACACAGGGGCAGGUGACCGAACCUACAGAAGAAGGUAUGAAGAGAUUUGAAGCUUUUGUGGACCUGUGCCUCUUUAAAAUGUUCUGCUUUAUCUUGCUCAGUAUUUGCAUUGCUAAAUGAUGAAACAGUUAUCUAAAAUGUUGGCUGCUGUUCGAGAUGUUUUUAUGUUUGGCUGUUCCUUGGAUGUGUGGUUUUAUGGGUUCAGUGUUUGACAAAUAGGAGUUGAAUUCUGGGGGCUGAAUUAUUUGGUGUUGUGUAAAUGCCUUGAUUCUAUGGCUGUCCUUGUACAUUAGUUUCUGAUUGUUGUGAAAUGUUGACUUUGUUGUUAAAUUUUGUGGAUUUUAGAGGUCAUCAUGCUACCCCAAAAGUUUGCUUUUAAUUUUUAGUCUUAUGGUUGGGCUUCAGUCUGUGUAUGGAUGUGCUAUGUGUUGUGUAAAUGUUUAUUCCAUGAAAAGCUGCAGUUCUUGGUCAGUGUUCGAAGUGAAUAAUUUUGACUAAAGGAGUCAUAUCCUGGGUGUGAUCAGGCUCUAUUGUUUUAUCACAGCAGGAAAGCUGUCAGAUGCUCCUGCAGCAGAGCCUGUCCAAUCUGAGGACGCCCUAAAAGAGGAGGAAGGUAUAGACCCUCACUUUCAUGAUGUGAAAAUUGAUCCUUUUGGAAGUGUCAGGUGCCAUUUACUUAUUUUUAUGACAAGCUCUUAGCCACUUUGUAGGUUUUUGAGAUUCUUCUUUUGCUGCAGCACACUCUGUGAAUAUACACCCACUGGCCACUUUUUAGGUACAUCUGUUCAGUUGUUUGUUAACACAGAUAGCCAAUCAGCCAAUCCCACUCACUACAUUUAGGCAUGUAGGUGUGGUCAAGAUGACUUGCUAAAGUUUAAAUGAAGCACCAGAAAUGGGAUUUAAGUGACUUUGAAUGUGGCAUGGUUGUUGAUGCCAGACGGGCUGAUCUGAGUAUUUCAGAAACUGAUGAUUUACUGGGAUUUCCACAUACAACCACCUCUAAUAAAGUGGCCGGUUAAUGUAUGUAUUAUACAAAAACACAGUGGAGAGCAUUUGAUCAUGUCAGUUUAAGACACAUCAAUUCUGUGUUGUGCUGUCCUGAAUAUUGAGGGUGUAAACACUGUGCUGCAUCAUGCCUGUGAUUAUCUCGUUGAGUCUGACAUUGAAGAGUUCCACUUUCCUAAAGCUUUACUAAAGCAACAUUUUGUGUUACACACAAAUCACUCCAGUUUCAGCAGAGAAGCCACCAGCUUCAGCAGUGUCCUCAAAAGUUAAACUUGAGGAACAGGAAUCGGAGGAGGAAGUUGAAGGUAUGUGGUUGCACUGAACUCCAAGAAAGUCAUUUAUACUUGGUUUGAAUGGGACUGUUUAUGUUUGCCUGGAAUCACUUGAUGUUAAAGCGUAAGCCUGAACUGUUAUGUUGUGACGCAGCAUACUUGCAUCUGGAGGAUUUUUAUCACUUUUCUUGCUAAUUUUUGUCUUAUCUGUUGACGAAGUAAGAGUUGCAUAUUGGCCUUUUUAUGUUGCAUCAUUUAUGAGCUCAUUGUUGCUUUUUUUAGUUGCUUGUUCUAUUCUGGCUUGUUCUAGUAAAAUUUGUGUUUACCUGUGAAUGCAAGAUUUGUUGUAUUUUGGAAUGCUGUUAUUUUCAACAGGAAGUUGUGAGAGCUGUGUUUAAUGGAUAUGAAAAAUGCACCUCUGGUUUGACUGAGAGGACAGAUCAUUGGCUGUGUAUCAGUGCUAUGUUGGAUGUGUGUGUUUGUAUAUAUUUAGUUGUUUUGUCUCAUUUGUUUUUUGUUGUAUUCUAGUUCCUAAUGCGGUGUUUCUUAACUUUUCUUGGCUCCUGACCAUACUUUGAUGUCAUAAAACUCUCGUCAACCUCAGAGAGACCUCAGGCGGUGUUUGGUGCUUUGAUUAAGACAUCAACCAAAGUUUCAGUACAGCAGACCAAUAUUUUGCAUUUUAUUUGAAUACUAUUUUAGUGAGGGGAUCUGAAAAAAUAAGAUGUACCCAAUUCACAUUUCAUGAGACAUUAUUAGGAUUAUUAUUAUGGUGAUAAAAGAUAAAUAUAUUUUGGUUGUUUGUAUUGUUCUAGUUUUGUUUUUUGUUUUUUGUCAUGUAGGCUGUUGUGAGUUGUGGUUAUUGACGUUGUCUUUGUGUUUGUGCUGUGAUGUUUUUUGUGCACUGCAAUGGAGAGCUAAUUGUAAAUGUAGACUCCAGGAAGAAUAGCGAUGGCCUUAGCCAAAGCUAAUGGGGAUCUAAAUAAAUGAAAUGAAAUGAAAUUAUGGAGCUGGAUAGCCAGGAGAGAGUUAGUGUCUCUCUACUCUCUUUAAACAUGGACUCCCUGUUUAGUGGAACUUAAGUUCUGAGUUGUGGAGAUAGCUACAAACAAAAACAUUCAAAUCUCACAUUUCAUUUACACCAUUCUAGACAUAAAUAAGGUGCAAACUGGUUGCUCCUUUUAAUCCAAGAGCUUGAAAGCCAUACAGCUGGUGAGGUGUAAAGUUUGACCCUGCACUGUGAACACUCUCGACCUGUUGUUUCUGUGGAGUAGAGGAAAGAAGAACGUUGUCUUUAUCCCUGUGCACAGUAUGAAAUCACGAUGAUACAGACCCAGAGGAUUCUGGGAGUUACAGAUGUGACACUGGUUACUGCCAAAGUAGCUGUGAAGGGUAUGCUUUGAAAUCAUGGUUUGGUGUAGAUUAUAAUUGACUGAUGACUGGUCUGAAAGAGUCGGUACUGUAAUUGUUGCACAUUCAGUCUUGGUUGUAGAAAUGUUGACGGAAUAUAAGGCUUUUGUCAUAUUUACUGUUUGUUGUUGAUCACGAAUAUUUUGUUUUAUAAUAGUGAUGUCAGAUGAUCAAUUGAAUUGAACUUGUUUGUUCCGAACAUGAAAACAGAAAGGUGAAGAAGAAAACAUACAUAUACGCACAUAUUGCACAUAUACAAACAUACAUAUGUGUACACAUACACACAUGCAAAAUAAGACUCUAAAUUGGGCCUUCCUUUGUCUCGGUUACCCACAAUGCUUUGUCCUCGUGUUCUUUCCUGCAGCCCAGCCAGCUUUUUUCAAAACUGAGCUGCAGAACCUUAAAGGGAUUGCUAUUUUUCGUUGUGAGACCACAAAGCCGGGAGCCUGCAUGGUCUGGAGGCGCGGUGACAGGGUCCUCGCAUCCGGCAGCAAGUAUCAGCUGAAACAAGAAGGAACCACAGCCGAGCUUGUAAUCUAUAAACUGCAGAGAGCCGACUCUGGAGUAUAUUCCUGUGAUACUGGGAGCCAGAGGACCUCUGCUGUCCUCACUGUACAUGGUAGGGGAUGUCUCUUAAAGACGGUCCUUCUCUCCGUUUGGAAUCACAACUUUUCUUGUUCCCCACAUCAACCAACACUUGAGCAUGCGAGCAAGGACCGCUCAUUUGGAGAUUCACUUCUUGGUUGCAUUGACACUUUCAAGCGUUAUUUCUCAUCCCAAAUGUUUUCUUGCCUUGUGGCCUUCACAUAAACUUUAUUCUGUCGGUCUUGGUCACUUAUCACUUUUUACUCUCUCUACUACUCUUAACACACCUAGUAUCCUUUGAACCACUUGCUGUUCACUGCUACAUAAUCUUUAUCUAUUUUAAAACACCUUGGUCACCAUCAAACCUUUGUGCCCACUUGAGACGACUAACGCGUGACUCUUCUGCUGACGUGUAUUUGUCAAACAGAGGUGGAGAUCACCAUCGUGAAAUUCUUGGAGAGCUGUGUCGUGUGCGAAGGCGAAGAUGUCCACUUCCAGUGUUUGGUAUCCCACGAAGAGGCACCUGCAGCCCAGUGGAAACUUCAGGAUGUUCCACUGCAGAAUAAUGAAAUGAACCUAAUCAAGGCGGACGGCUGCGUACACAGCCUAACGCUCAGGGGCGUCACCACAGCUGAUUCAGGAACAGUGACUUUCACUGUGGGUAACAAUACUUCCACUGCAUCUCUGACAGUUAAAGGUAAGGGGAGUCUGCUUUCGACAAUAUUUCUUGGGGUGAGAGUGACUACUAGCAGUUUGCUCCCACAGUAACAUGCGUAUCCUUUCUCUGGUCUUUUUUGUCUUCUUUGUUGGAAACCCUCCCUCCAUCUUUUAACAGCUUCCCAAAACAUGGAUGCUAAUGAUCUCUUGGUGCCUCCUUUUUAUUUCCACCUUUCCUUCACUAAAUCCUGAAUUGUUCUCCAUCCAUCUUACCUUCCUUUUCUUUAGAUUUGCACUUAACUUGAGCCACAUUUUCAUAAAUGCUGCAUGUCCCUUCCUUUUCCCAUUUUGAUAAUGACUUGAAACAUUUCUCUUCUACACUUUGACUCACUAUUCAAACUCCACAUAGGUAUUGUUGAUGUAUGUUUCCUUUUAAUUCUUGUUCAGAGCACUUAUGAACAAGUCAGAACGUUUAGACUAGGGUCCUGCAGGACAACCUUUAUCGCAUGAUUGUCCUCUCAUGAAAUGGGGCUAAAAUUUGGACACUUAUCAGGAGUGUGAUUGACUAGAAAUCUUUUCUCUCAUAUUGUGUUUUGGUCAUAGACAUAAACUUAACAUCAUGUACAGCGUGGUUUUUUGAUUUGGUUUUCAGAAUUUCUCAUAAAUAUGAGCGUUGGUUAGAGUGAUUGCACUCCAGUCAUUGUUUUAUCAUCUUAUGAGGAUGGCUUACCAGAGAUGUGACAGUUAUUUUCAUGCUCUGUUUGAAGCUGCUUGUUGAUUUAGGAUUGGUAGAGCAGUUAAACCAAGUUGUCAGUGAGUUUGGUGGUUUUCCCAAUGGGCAUAGUUUGACCUUCAGAAAAUUUGAAACCAUUCAUCCUAACCUAUAACGGUCUUCCCAGCAGCUGCUCCUGUAGUAUUCAAGAAGGAGCUGGAAAGUCAAGAGGCCACUGAAGGACAAAAGGCUACACUGUCCUGUGAGACAUCCAGUCCUGACUGCAAGGUGACCUGGCUAAAGGGAUCCACAUUGCUCACCCAUGGGGAGAAGUACAGCAUGGAGCAGAAGGCUACCACUCACACACUGGUCAUACACAAACUGGAUGUGAAGGAUGGUGGAGAAUAUACCUGUGACACAGGGGAUAAGAGAAGUACUGCGACCCUGACUGUGAAAGGUAACAGAACACAGCCUCAUCCCAUCUUUGUCUCACCUCCUCUGUCCUCGUUCUUCAUGAAGCUCAUUUAAUAUUCAUCAUCCCGUUAACAAGCACUGGAUCUGAUGUCUACUCUGCAUUAAUUUCGCUUGGAUUUCACAGUCUCUGAUUUUUGUGUUUGGAGUCACAGUUGGCAUGUAGUGUAAAUCUGACUAAACUGUCUGAUGUUGGCAGUAUUAGUAUCAUUUUUUAGGUUCCUGUUAUGAGCAACCAAAUUGCAGUUUUAGUGAUUGGAUUUUAUUGACAGUUUGUUCAGCUAGUAUGAUUUUAUUCAGUUAGUUUUAAAUUCUCUGAUGCUAAAUAGAUGCCAUUAAAAUAGUGCAUGCCAGAGUGCUAUCAACAUGAUUUUGGGAUCAAACUUGAGACUCAAAGUGAUAUGAGAGUAUGGGCCAUGACUAUACCUUCUAAGUGAUGCCUUCUGGAAGCUUUGAUCACUGACCCUCCAUCGUCCCAUUCACCCUCAGAGCAUGUGCGCAUCAUCCGAGAGCUCUGCGACAUUACUGUGACCACAGGACAGGACGCUGUCUUUGAGGUUGAGCUGUCACACUCGGGUGUGACAAACUGGGAGUGGUGGCUCGGAGAUAAUCUCCUCCAAAAUAAUGACCUGAAUCAAAUGAGCAGCCAUGGCACGGUGCAGCGUUUGGUCCUGAAGAUGGUGACCACAGAUGAAUCUGGGGAUGUUGCCUUUGUUGUUGGAGAAGAGAAGAGUGUGGCCUGCCUGCUGGUGGAGGAGAAACCCAAAGGUAAAGGAGAUGACAUGGUCACUCGUCAUUAUUCAUUCCAUCUCCAUCGACCACCAAACAGCUUUGUCUUGGCAAAUGGAAAUCUACUAGCACCUCCAUCCUCAACAUCCUAACUUGCAGCAGUUUUCAGCUCUAUCCCAUUUUGUUCUUUUUAGUUUCCUUUAAAAGGAAUCUUAACAUAAUGCUAACACACAUUUUAACCAAAGGAAAAAAAAUUCACAAUGAGAUUUGGAUUAAUAUAUUAACAACAAACUUCAAAGGCCUCUGGCUAUUAAGCUGAUAAAAUUGUGGAUUUUACUUGCCAUACUGUAAAAUUUGUGAUGGCAGGUAACAGUCACAGCAUGCAUGCAUGCAUGGCUUAAUAUAAAAAUAUAUAUUCAUUUAUAAAGGGGUAUUAUAAUGGAAAGAGAAAUAUUGCAUUUAAUUGCUAAACAUGUUAAAUGUAGUUUUGGGUGUCCCAUAUUUACAGUGCUAAUACUAGAGAAACCACACAACACUGUGGCGUUAGAGGGUGAAACUGUCACUCUGGCCUGCACCACCUCCGACCCCAAGGCAACUCUCACCUGGAUGAGAAACAACACAGCCAUCAGAGCAGGUCCUAAGUAUGACCUGAAGCAAAAUGGAGCAUUCCACCAGCUCCGUAUCCACAACCUGCUGCCUGAAGACUCAGGAACGUACACCUGUGAUACUGGAGAUGCACAGUGUGAAGUCACCUUGACAGUGGAAGGUAAAGAAAGAUGCCUCUAAAAUAAAAAAAAAAAUGAGAUUCAAGAUUGUGGACCAAGAUAGGAUUGAAGUGGUCAUCUGAAAUGUUCUUGAGCUUCCAUUUCCAAAUCCCGCCCUGGCAUCUCUAUGCAGCAGUAAAACUUUCAUCCAAAGUCCAUCUGGGAUGUUUGUCAUGUUAUCUCAACUAUCUAAAGCCCAACUUUCAGCUCUGCAUCUGAUGCCAAGUUUUCCCAUUUUAAAUUCUCAACAGGUGCCCCAGCGUUCUUCCAGAAAGAGCUCAAGAACCACGAUGCAAUAGCGGGUGAUGAUGUCACCCUGCACUGCGAGCUAUCUAGGCCAGGUGUUCGUGUUGAGUGGAGAAAAGGAGGCAUGAUCCUCCAGCCCAGUAAGAAGUAUGAGAUGAGGCAGAAAGGGUGCGUUCAAGAGCUCUUUAUACAGAACCUGGAGCCUGAAGACACUGGCUACUACACCUGUGAUGCUGGAGACCAGCUUACGACAGCAUCUUUGGCAGUGCAAGGUAGCCUUUUCAAUAAUGUUGCAUUGAUCUUUGAUUUAAUAUCAGGAUGAUAAACUAUACGUUUAGCUAAGAGAGGAACUUGUCUUUGUCUUGUCUUUAUAAUGUAGGAUUUGCAUGUUAUUUUUCGUCCGUCAUGUAUAUGUCGUUCUGUUUUGUUGAGGUAAUGCUGAUAAUGAUCAAGUUAAAAGCUGAGUGAAUGCAUAUGUAUUUUUUUGUUUUUUAUUUUUAUUUUUUGCUCAACAGCAAAAGAAGUCAACAUUGUGUGUGGUCUUAAGACCACUGAUGUCUUUGUUGGGGAAUGGGCAACCUUCUCCUGCCAGCUGUCUGGUAGGGCACCUGGCAAAGUGCAGUGGUGGCUUGAUGGCACCCUGAUGGAGAACAGCCCCUCUUGUGAGAUAGGACUGAGCCAGGGCAACAUCCACACUCUCAUCUUAAAGAACCUGGCCACUGAUCACUCAGGCACCGUCACUUUCAAAGCUGGCAGUUUAAUUUCAACAGCCAAGCUCUUAGUCAAAGGUAGCACUGAGAUCAACAGUGUCUUCUCUAUGGACCCUGCAGAAAUUUUGAUUGAAAUCCAACAAAAACAAAAGUCUGAGUUUCUCUCAGAUGGUAAUGUGCAUGUUUACCAUUGUAACAUUACCUUAAUUUGAAAUAAAUGAUUGGAGCAGGUGAAAAAAAUUGCAUCUAAAUUUCACUCCUUUUAAAGAAUUUGCUGGAAUAAACUUUAAUAUCAUGAAAUCUGAUAUUUUCUGCAGGGUUUCUAUGAACAGUCUGGAGUUUGUGACUAGAUGAAUAGUGGAAAGAUUUUGUCUUGUCAGCGCUUUAUCAUGCAUGCAUAUGUUUUUUGUCUGAUUUUACCAUUCAUAGAAAUAAUGACAUUAGAGACUUUCAUACUGUAUGCUCAUUUACCACCUAAACAUACAACUGGGUGCAGCAUCAUUUCAGAGAUUUAACCAGAUAGAGCUGAGAGCUUCUCAAUCCAGCAUAGAAACACUUUGAUAAAAAGUGUAAUCAGCAGUUGAUUUAAAUGAAAAAUCUGUUUUUUAUACUUAUUGGAUUCACUCUAAGACCUUCUUUGUGCAGAGUAUGGGGCUGCUGAAAUAAUAAUUCAAUAAUCACAUCUUAUUUGUAAGAUCAUAGUUUUUACACAACUCUUCAUCCAUCUUUGGGAACAGUAUGGGUUCACAACUCAAGAAACAUCUAAUUCUACUGAUAUAUUACAAUCUUGAUCGAACAGGAAGAGUCUCAUUACUGAUGUUAUAUGUGUAAGAUAAAAUCCGAAGCUGAGUGGGCAUACAGCUGGUUUAUUUUUAUGUUAAAAGAGACCAGAUUGGUUAUUGGAUCAGAAUGUCUGUCUGUGUGCCACUCUAUUGAGGUUGUCUGGGCUCACACCUCUGGGUCACCUCACACGGCACAUGAAUGUUUGAAUCCCCCAGAAGGAGAUAUAAAAUAUUACUUGGGAGGUAGUUGUCUGGUACUCACCACCAUUUAGGUUACUUUCACCAUGGUGGUUAGUACCAUGACCUCUAAGCAGGAAAGUUCCUGGUUUGAUUCUGAGGGCGCCGGGUUUCUUUGUGAAUUCCACAUGUUCUCUCAUUGUUGCCUGAAUUUACUUAGUUCUGCUGAAGAAAAUUCUGCCACGCUCCUUAUCAGCUUGGAUUGGGUCCAGUUUCCAUUUGAAAUAAGAGGAUAAACUUUAAGCAAAAAGUGUAUUUUGAAGUAUCCCUAAAAUACACAUCAUCCACUCUAAAACCACAGCUGUACUUCAUGUUGUUGUAGCAAGAAUCUGCUACUCUUGAUGACUGGUUAGUGUCUAAAUGUGAAUCAGUGUCUGUUUGUUCAUGCAUUUGCACCUUUUGCAUAUCAAUUCAAAUUCAAGCCUCUUUGCAUAAUAUUGCCCAUAAAAGGUCAUUCGUGACUCUGCAUUCGAAUGAUUGCACCAGCAACAUCACUGCUAGCUUGACAAUAUCUAAACGUACUGCUGAAAUGUAGUGAUCUGCUGUUGUCAUAUCAUGUAUUUGGGAUUUCCUGUGCAGUGGAACCAGUCUUACUGAAGCCACAACUUUCUCUGGCUAGAAAAGAAGAGUUACAUGUGAAACCCUAGAGGCAAAUAUUUGUGACUUUGAGUUGUGUUGUGUUUUUAAACAGCGCCCUUCUGGCUCCAAACAUUAAAAACACAAGUGUGUUUGGGAUUAUUUACGAUUUAAUGUGCAGCCCUGAGUGCGUUUAUGUUCCUUUGAAAUGUAAAUCAACAGUGAUACUCAAUUCAUGAUUGAAUUGGUCCUGGUGAUUUCAAGUUUUGACUGUCAUAAAGUGAGUUAGUGAACCACAGAAUGACGGCAACAGAAAUGUUGCGUUAGUAAAGUGCUGCUCCACCCAUCCUUGCAGGCUGGCUGCUGUUUAUAACUGAUUUUCCAUUCACUUCCAUCCCACCAAGCCCUGCCCCUAACCUGCAAGCACUAAAACCUCUAACCCCCCCAUAUGCCAAUCUGUGAGUUUGGCAUUUUUGUCCUCAUAUCCUCCUUCUUUGCUUCAUCAGCUGUGAUCACUCCUUGGCCCUCUAUUCUGAUCUCCUUGACAGUUGGUCUUUUAACCCCCAUUUACACAUUAAAUUUGGCAGAUCACAUAGAAAAUACAGAGUACCAGUGAACAUCAGAGUAUAUCUUAAGCGAUAUUCACCUUGGCACAUGCACUUUGCACUAUGCAGUCCAGAAAGACCCAACAUUACUUGGUCUGAUGUACACACCACUCUCGCUCCUGGGGGUUAUAAAGCCGACAUGUCAUUAGGCAUGUCCUGCAUUUGUCCUUGUAUCUCCUGGUCAAGCCCUGACCUGACCCUAUGACCUCAACCUCAGAUCCCACAGUUGAAGUGGUGAACGAGAUGGAGGACCUUUGGGUGGUCCAAAACCAGCCAGCUGAGUUCAUCUGCCAGUUCUCAAGGCCGGUCAAAGCUCAGUGGAAAAAAGACGGGCAGCCAUUGCAGCCUGAUGGCCGAAGGGUGAUAGUGGAGCAGGACUGGAAUGUGGCUCGCUUGUACAUUAGCCGGGUGUCAGCUGAGGACAGGGGCACAUAUUCCUGUGAGGCACAGGGGGCCUGCGUGGUCGCUUCACUUCAUGUGGAAGGUGAGCUUCCCUCCACAUGGAAAGAGCAUCAACCUUAAGUGAUCCUCCUCUGGUCCUUUAUACGGCUAAAUACACAGAUCAGUUGCUGAUCAUCAAAGACCUCCUUUCUUAGAAAGUCCAAAUUUGACCUCUCAAACAUUGUCUUCAUGACGGUUUUUUGAUUUUGCUUUCUUUCUCCAUUUUUUUCCCCAUUUAAUUCUACAGCCAAACCCAUUGACAUUGUCCAGGGCCUGGAAAAUGUAGAAACCUUUGAUGGAGGUGAGGCAUUGUUUGAAUGUGCCCUGUCUCGUCCUGAGAGCAAAGAUUGCAGCUGGCUCCUUGAUGGGAAACCUGUGAAAGAGUCCCCUAAUGCAGAGAUUGUGACAUUUGAGAGUGGUCGUCGUCAUCUGCUUCUGCUGAAGGAGCUGCGUGUUAAGGACAGUUGUACAGUGACGUUCAAGGCUGGCACAGCAUCCACAUCGUCACAACUUUCUGUCAAAGGUAAGUCUUUAAAAUGAACCUCACAAGACUUGGAAGUUUUACUCAUCACAUUAUCUUACAUAAUAUAUUCAUUUGCAUGCAUAAUACACUUAAAAAGACAUAGUUAAAACACUGUGAUGUUUUGUAUUCUCCUCAUAAGGUUGGCAGCUUGAUGUUGUGAAGGGUCUGGAGGACAAGGUGGCAGCAGUGGGAGAAAAAGUGGAGUUUUGUGUGGAGCUCAAUGAGCCUAUCCCUGCGUCAGAAAUAACCUGGUACACUAAUGGAGUUGAGCUCAAACCCAGUGACCUCUGGGCUAUGAGGGCUGAUGGCUGUUCCUAUCGCCUUGUCUUGAGAAGGGCACCCCUUUUGCCACAACAGGAAAUUACAUUUGCCGCUAGAGAUGCUCUCUCAUUGGCCAAGCUCACUAUCAUCAGUAAGUGAAAAAAUCAUUAUUCUGUAUUUGUGAGAUAGUCUUGAUCCUAAAGAAAACAGCUUUGUACCUGAUUUUUGUUCAGUAAGCAUCAAACAUCUACUUCUCUACAGCUGUACCUGACCCCCCAGAGGACCCAGAAGUCCUCAGUAAGACCCAACAGUCAGUGAACCUCUCUUGGUUUACGCCUCUCCAUGAUGGAGGCAGUCCCAUUCUGGGCUACCGGGUGGAGAUGCGGCUGGUUGACAGUGCGCUUUGGCUCCCAUGUCAUUCUGAACCCGUGUGCAACACAGAGUUUGUGGUUGAAAACCUGACCGCAGGGAGCAGCUACAGGUUCAGAGUGGCAGGGAUCAACAGAGCCGGGAUUGGAGAGCCUGUUGAGUUGCCACAGACUGUGCAGCUUGGUGAGCGGAUUUGUGAUUUAAUCCAUGAAAUAGUUCAGAGUUAACAUCUGCUUUGUACAUGACAUAAUUAUGCUAUUAUUGUUUUCUUUUCUCUAAAAUCACAAACCAGCAUCUAUUUUUGUCAAACAACGACUAUUUAAUAAAUGUGUUUGUUUUGUGAACAUUUCACAGAGGCAGCCAAGCCGCCAUCAAUCAGCCCAGGUAAGACAUUUUAUAAGAGUUCUUUCAAGCAGACUAAUCGAUCAUGUUAUGAAGUCUUCAUGAAUUAUCUUCAUGUCAGGUUAUGGUUGUACAGUUUUAAAUGAAAUAGUCAAGCAAAUGUUAGCUUGUUUUGGCAUUUUUGUAACAAUAAUUGGUUUUUAAAAUACUAUAGCUACUUGGAAAUGUCACUGUUGUUAUAGAUGCGGAGGCAAAAGAGGUGAAGACUGAGAUACUGGGACAGCCCACUCUCCCUCCAGAAGCUGCUGAUAAAGGGGAAAUCCAUGAGCUGUGGGAGGAAUCAGCCAAGAAGCGCCGUAUGAGCCGUGAGCCUACACUGGACUCCAUCACUGAGCAAGUUGAGGAUGUUGGUAAAGGUGGCCAAAAGAAAUCAGAAGUGAAGGAGCUGAUUGUGUCAGAGAAAGUGGAAGUAAAGUCAGUUGAGAAGGAACAGGCCAUUGCGUCAAAGCAGCAGACUGAGACCACUUUGAUCACCAGCUCUGAGGAUGAGUCUGUGUCUGGAGGUCCAACACUUGUGUCCUACCUGAAGAAAAGCAGCAAGACCUCUGUCACUGCAGCCGCUGGGACCGAAACUAUGACUGCUGAGAGGUUCUUUGCACACUUCCAGAUGGCAGAGGAGAAGACAGUGCAGCCGGCUGAAGUGAAAACAACCUCUGUUCAGCAGACAGAAAUCACACAGGUGUCUUCAGAGGAGACUAGUGCCAUGGAGAUCAGCAAGGAGGAUGAGCCUGAGCUUCGAGAGGCUGCCAUCAAGAUUCAAGCUGCCUUCAAAGGCUACAAAACCCGUAAAGACAUGCGACCCGUCUUUAAAGAUGUCUUCAAAGACCAGACCAAAGAACCUAACGGCACCAUUCAUCUAGAGUGUGUGGCGGAGGGGAAACCUGACAAGGUGCAGUGGACGAAGGAUGGAGAACCCCUGACAGAUGGAAAGCACCACCAUAUUGACAUCUACAAUGACGGCACUUGCUCAUUAGUUAUCACUGCUGCAACAACGAAGGAUACAGGUGUUUAUAUGUGUGAGGUCACCAACAAGUUUGGAGUCACAUCUCACAGUGGUAAGGUAACAGUAGGAACAUCCCGAGAAUCAUCCGGACGACGGCCGCUGACUGUGGGCUACAGCGCAGACAGCGAGCCUGAGAGCUCCUCUGGUAGCGAGAUGGACGAGUCGCUGAGGCAGGCGAGCAGACGUCUCCGGCGCCUCCUGCGUACACGUCUGCCUCCAGAUGUCGAAGAAGAGCCAUUUGUGAGUGCGGAUGAAGGAGACCUCCGCCCCCCAGAUCCUCACUCCUACAGGGAGGAUGACACCUACAUUUACAUCCGCUUUGACUCAUGGGGUGAGGCUGAGGUUGCCUCAAAGAGGUUCCAGGAGAUGUUUACUAUACAUGGGGUCCCCGUGGAGACUAACAUCCUGGAGGCAGGGCCCCUCAAAGUGGAGCUGCGAAUCAGAAAGAUGGGCUACACACAAGAUGGCACAGAGACCCCCACACAGGAGAAACAACCCCCUGCAUUGCUUUCUGGAGGUGCAGGUAAGAUGUUCGCACUGAACCUCAGAUCAUUGUACAGUUUCUGUUACACCCCUUCAACACAUUUUUACACACCAAACCACCAAUUGUAUUUAAAUUAAGCGCUCCAUAAAUAGCUAAUAAUAAUUAUCUUUUAAGUGGCACUGUCUUUGAAGUUAUUUACUUCCUUUUGUUCCUCAGCUGCCCCAGUCUUCUUGACAGAGCUUCAGAGUCAGGACGUUCCAGAUGGGUAUCCAGUUAGCUUUGACUGUGUCGUGAUCGGCAAGCCCCCUCCCACCGUUCGCUGGUACAAAGACGGCAAACUGCUGGAGGAAAAUGACCAUUACAUGAUCAAUGAAGACCAGGAGGGCUGCCACCAGCUCAUCAUUACCACCGUGCUGCCCACUGAUAUGGGCGUUUAUCGCUGCACAGCUGAAAACAACAGCGGCAUCGCAGCCACAAAGGCUGAACUCAGGGUUGACAGUAAGUUAACUUAUAUAUUAUGAAAUGUGUCUUUUUAUUUUUUUUUAUUUAGCCUUUAUUUAACCAGGAAUGUCCCAUUGAGAUUAAAAAAACACUUUUUCAAGAGAGUCCUGGCCAGGAGGCAGCAAAAAGUUAUGAAUCAACAAUGACAUACAAAUGAGAUAAAACAGUUACAGGUUAAGGAGGCUGUUUCAAGUGCUCUCAGUCUGGAUUUAAAUCCAUAAAAAGAAAAUAAAUCAAACUGCAACUUUUUAAAAGAUAUAAAUGCAGUAAAAUCUAUUAAAAACAACUUAAUCCAAAUACUUGUCAGAUAGAGGCCAGAGCCAAAAGACUGUUGCUUUGUUAAAAAUGUUUAAAGUGUUUUGAUUUGUUUUGUGAUAACUUAGUUUUUUACAAAAAAGGUCAGUGGUAGAAAAAUUACACAUAAACCUAUCAUCUGCGUGCAAUGAAUGAAGAUGGAGCUCAUUAUUUGUUAAACUUGUUCAAGAAAAAGAAAGACUUGUUCAAAUCACCAUCUUUAUCUGUCCAUCCAAUUUUUCCAUCAGUGUCUUGUAGCUCUGAUUAUGACACUGCUGCUGAUGCCACUGAGACGUCUUCCUAUGUCAGUGCAAAGGGCUACAUGUCCAGGUGAGUUUGCUUUGAAUGCUGUUUUAUUGUUUGAAAAAUGAAUGUAUCACAUAUUUGCUCAAAUAUUCUUGAGGUGAACUGUUUUACUCUCCUUGUACAGGGAAACUGAGACCUUUGAGUCCGUAGCUGAAGAUGAUCAGCUUCCUCAAGUUGUGGAGGAGCUCCAUGAUGUCCAUGUUUGUCCUGGUUCACCAAUUGCCAAGAUGCAGCUCAGGGUUAAGGGUAAGUUUGAUUCACCAGAGCCUGAUUGUAACUUUCAUAUGAUGAAUACAACCCUUUAAGUACUUUUCUGAAAAAUUUUCAAUGUCUUCCAGGCUUCCCUAAACCCAGAGUGUACUGGUUCAAAGAUAGUCACCCUCUGCGACCUUCAAAAAGGAUUGCGUUGCUGACAGAGAGGGAUUCUCAUGGUGUGGAGAUCCAGGAAGUGAAGAAAGAGGAUAUGGGAGAGUACUCUGCUUACAUCAGCAAUGCAGCUGGCUCUGCUUACUCCUCUGCUCGUCUGAUAGUUUUGAGUAUGUAUAAAAAUAACCAAAUAGGUGCUUGCACAAUAACAUCAUUAGAUAGUGUGUUUUAAAUUGCACCCACGGUCAAUUAACAACUGUGUUUCACAACAGAUCCAGGGGAGAUUAUGCCUCAGGAUAAAAGAGGUAUUUUGGCAUCUAUCAAACAAUCUUGGCACAGAUGAAAGCACUUUAGUAGAUGUGAUAGAAAACAAUAAGUCACCCUGUGGUUGUUUGACAUCGUUUUCCUACAGACCCCAAAGAGCCUCUGGUGCCACCUCGCUUCAUUGAGAGAUUCAGCAACAGGAAGGUGAAACAAGGGACCAGCAUCACUCUUUCUGUCAAAGUAGAAGGUCAGCCUGCUAUUCUCUUGAUAUUUUUUGGCACCUUCUAACAUUAAAAAUAAUUCCUCCUUUAGAAAGUUUUGAAAAACUUACACAAGCCCCCUUUUAACUAUUUUAGGGUCUCCCACUCCUAUGGUCUCUUGGCUGAAAGAAGAAUCAAUGGAAGAUGUUCUGUGGAUCAAGCCUGACACCAAGGGAUACAAAAUAGCAAGUUCAGGCCGCCAGCACAGUCUCAUCCUGAUGGACGUGGGCCCAGAGUACACUGGCGCCUACACCUGUAUUGCUACAAACAGGGCAGGACAAUCCAUCUUUACUGCCCACCUUGAGGUUGAUGACAGUAAGGAAGCUAUGGUUUUCUACAGAUUUUAGAGAGAUGGUGUUUUGAUCUAUGAGUGUAGUAGCUUUAGUGGAAACCUUGUUCCUCCUAAGCUUUUUCCUGUGUGUCUGUGUUUUACCCUAUUUUCACCAGCACCACAACCAAAGAAAGAGACCACAGCCUCAGAGUAAGUCUUUCAUAGCAGUUUUAGGUCCUGAUGUGUUUACAGUACCUGUAACAGCAUGCCAAUAUGUGGAAAUUAAACUGAGUAUUUGAUUCUCCUCAGGGUUCUUGGGAUAACAAUCAGCCCUCCAGAAGAGGAGACUCCUAGAAAGGGAAAGGGUUAGUCAUCACACCCUUAUUGAGUGUUUAUUAUCUGAGUUAGAUUCUCUAUUCAAACUUCAGUUAUUUGUUGCUACAGUAUUUGUGGUUUUCUUUCCUCCUUUGUGCUUUCAGAGGGUAAAAUACCUUUCUUAAGUGAAGCAGGUACAGAGGAGUUCCUCAUGAAACUCACUUCCCAGAUCACUGAGAUGGUAUCAGCAAAAAUCAGCCAAGGUAAGCCUAUGUUUAAGAAAAACCUGUCUGUGCAGUUAUAAUUACUAUUAAUUGAUUUUUAAUUUGAAAGAAAUUGUUAAGUGUUGACAAAAAAGCUGCAAAGAAACCCUGACCUGGGCUAACCUUACGGCUAAAGUCAACAUCAACAAGCCCAGGUUUAGUUUAAACCAAGAUCUUGCAUUGACUUUGUGUAUUGCAGCUGCUAUCAAGCUUAUGUCAGCGUGCUAAUAGCUCAAAAUACUAAAAUACGUUGUUAUUUAACAACUGUUGUCAUUGACCUAAUUGUCUAGUGCAUGCCUACAUCCAAAAAAUAAGAUAAAAUGCUUACUAUGACAAAAUUUAUUCCCUGCCUUCAGAUUUCUUGUCCAUAUGCAAAUAUCAAUCAGUAGAUAUUACUGCAUAUGGACAGUGCAAGGUGCACUCUGUCUAAUAGACAUACAGAAAGUAAACAAACAAUCCAUGAUUAUGUUUCUGUGCAGUGUCAGUGUUUUUGUCAAGUGCUUUGCCAUGUCUGUACUUUGAUUUCAGUGAAUUUCCUCAGAUAAUUCAAGAAUUAUGCAAGUCCUGUUUCUCACGAAUUAUUUCAUAAUUCAAUUCUUGAAUUAGAAUUCACUUUUAAGCAGAUCUGAGAUCGACGCCAGAUUUGAAAACGUGUGUCCAAGUAGUGCUCCUCUGUUGCUUGUUUUUUAAGCAUGUUUUGCUUCAUCCACCAGUGUAAACCUCCCAUCAUUACUCAGACAUCAUUUCUUUACCACCUUUACACCCAUCAGUUAAGCAGCCCAUCAAAAUAAACUCACCCAACCAUUAAUUUGUUAUUCAGACAGCUUACAGAAUCAGGAAGUGCUCCAGUGGAUGAAAUCUUGGCCCAAAGCUACCAGUAUGUAUCUGAAAUGCAUCAACCUCAUACUUAAUCUACAUUUCUCUAUGGAGAUAUUAUGAAGGAUAUACUGACCAAGCAAAUGGUUUGCAGAAGUUUUGACUUACAUCCCCUUUUACAUAACAGGAAUACAAUCAUACCUUGAGGUGCAGUCAUAGAUGUUUUUUAUUAAGUUUUUUCCCCUUUCAUGCUGUCUGAACCCCUGUGUAACUCUUUUUGUACCACCAGUCCUGUCUGUAACAUAAAUUCUGAUGACUUUGAAAUGAACACAAAGUUCCAUCACCCAGGAGCCGUUAUACAUGCUCACAGACAGACAUGUAUGCAAAGAGCUCAGAUAACAGUGUUUGUCUGUACCCUGGUUGUUAAUGCAUGGUGUGGCAUUACUAACAUAGACAUAGAGCGGCAUUUUGAAUUGAAUGAUUAUUGAGCAUUCGAGAGAAAAAAAAACAUGUUGCCCUUUUAUCUAGACUUCAUAAUGAUUUAAAGUAGUCAGGAUUUUCAUGUUUUAAAGAGUAGAAGCACCAGUAGAUGCCAGCAGAGAGUCAGUUGUUGCUUGAAAUGCUACUUUGAGCCUGCUGGUUUUGAUCCUGACAAGCAUUGUGAAGUGGGUACUAAUAACAGCUGACAUAUUUGAGAAAUUAACCCGAUUUUCUUUGCUGUAACAUAUGACUUUACUUUGCUACAUAACCGUUACAGCUACAUGUAGAAAAAGCAGAUAUUUUAACGGUCAGUGUUGUAUUUCUGACCUCCUCUCCCUCCCUUAGCUUCCUUACGUGUACCAGAUGCUGACAGUGAUGAUGAAACCAAGACCCCGACUGCCUCACCACAUCAUGGUCGCUCUCGUCCUCCUUCUCUCAUUGCUGACUCCUCCUCUGAGUCUGAUGAGGGAGAUGCAAGGGGAGAGGUGAGGCGUAAAAGAUUUUAAUGAGACAUUUUGUUUGACAGACAUCUUUUUACUAUAAACUUGAUGUUUGCCUUUGUGUUAUUAUCCUAGAAUGGCUGUACACCAAUAUGAUAUAAUACAAGCUGUACAUUAAAAAAUCACUGCAUUGCAAUCACCUGACAUAUAUAAGGAAACAGGUCAUGACAAACCUUUCUGGUUUGCCAUAAUAUACCAACACCAUUUUGUCCUGUCAUUAACAUCUACUGUGUGAAUACUGUAUCUAUGCACAGAUGUUUGACAUCUAUGUGGCGACAGCCGACUACAACCCCACCAUAGCAUGCAAAGAAUCAAUCUCCCUAAAGGAAGGGCAGUAUGUUGAGGUUUUGGACUCAGCUCAUCCACUGAAAUGGUUGGUCCGGACCAAACCCACCAAAACCACUCCAUCUCGCCAGGGCUGGGUCUCACCGGCCUACCUGGACAAGAAACUCAAAGUACGUCUCACAGCGAUAUACCACCAAUGAACCAACAUUUAAACGUAUUUCACUGGUAGUUUAAAGAAUUAAAACAUAAAAUAAAAAUGUGUUUUCCAACAGCUCUCUGCAGAUGCCGGUGACCUUCCAGAAACCUGUGUAGAGGAGGUUUCUGAGGGAGAGUACAAGAGGAAACUAUUGUAAGUGCAUCUGCUCUCACAAAAGAAACACUGUCCUUACAGUCCUUGAAAUCAACUAACAAGGAACUUUUAUUUCACAUCUCCAGCCAACUGAUCCAAGACCUGAUCACUGGUGAAUCAGAGUUUGUAAAAGAGGUCGACUUCUUCACCUCCCAUCACAUGAAGCACACAGACAGCCCUGAUGCUCCAACUGAUAUUAGCAGCCAGAAGGAUGUCAUAUUCAGGAACAUCGAUGAUAUCAAAUCCUUCCAUAGCAAGUGAGUUCACCACCUCAUGGUUGACCUGUUGUUGUCAAAAAGAUCUAUAAUUUCUGAAAACUGUGAUAACCUGAAUUAACUCCCUCAUUUGUUGUUUAAAGGGCAUUCCUUCCCAAGUUAAAUGACUGUGAGACAGAUGAUGAUGUGGCUAUGUGCUUCCUGAAGAACAAAGACGGCUUUGAGAAGUACCUCCAGUAUCUUGUUAGCCAGAGUUUGGCUGAAGCUGCUGUCAGUGACAAAGCUGUUCAUCGUUUCUUCAAGGUAACUCCAGAACGGCUGACCUCUGUAACCCAAGUCAUUUCUCUGUUUUUAGUUUACUCCAGACUAUUUUGUGCUGCCCAGGGGGACCUGUAUCUCUACUUACUUUAAUAUGAAAUCCUUGAUUAUACUGUAGGAGUACACUGAGAAAGUACAAGCCAGUGCAGACCCUGGAGAUCCUCCUGUACGAAGCAUCAACGCCUGCCUCCAACAACCGCUGGAGAGGAUUCAGAAGUACAAGGCAAUCCUUAAGGUGACGGCUUUGACACAUGAUAUGCAUGAACUCUUAUAAGGAUACAUUCUCUCCAUUACUGAUAUGACUCAUGCAUGUGUAAGGCAUCUGCUUUUAGACCUGCAUCACCUUCAGUUUCACUGAAAUCUGUCCUCUGACUUUUCCAGGAGCUCAUCCGAAACAAGGCGAGAAAUGGCCAGAAUUGCUGCUUACUAGAAGAAGCUUACGCCAUGGUGUCCUCACUUCCUCAGCGCUCUGAGAAUACACACCAUGUGUCCAUGAUUGAAAACUAUCCAGCCACACUGGAUGUACUAGGAGAGCCAAUCAGACAGGUAGAUGGAGUCGCUGUUGGGUUCCCUGUUAGCGCUGCACUGUUGUGUCUCUUCAGUUAUGUUGACCUGUUCUACCUUUGUUAACCAGGGACCCUUCCAAGUAUGGGAAGGAGCUCCAGGGAUCAGGUCGUCCUCCAGAGGUCACCACCGCCACUUAUUCCUGUUUAAGAACUACUGCAUAAUCUGCAAACCAAAGAGAGACAGCAACACUGACUCACAAGCAUAUGUCUUUAAGAACAUGAUGAAGGUCAGGCUUUAAAUGCAACUACUUCAUUUCCUUUCUUUAAAGACGUUCAUUAAAAUUCUUUUUUUAAAUGUGUAGCCUAAGUUCUAUUUCAUGAAUUCUUCUGCAGUUGAAUAACAUCGAUGUGAACGAGACAGUAGAGGGUGAUGACCGAGCCUUUGAGAUCUGGCAUGAACGUGAGGACUCUGUGAGGAAAUACACCCUGCAGGCCCGCACCGUCACCAUUAAGAACUCCUGGCUGAGAGACUUCAGAGAGCUGCAGCAGCGUUACAGCAUGCCUGCAUGGAGUGAGGGAAUCUUAUGUUUUCUUUUAUUAGUCAAAAGGUAUUUUAAGAUUUUCCCACUUAAACAUCACAUUAAUCUUCUUCACAGGUCCUCCUGACUUUGAUGAAAUUCUGGCAAACUGCACAGCAGAGCUGGGGCAGACUGUGAAGCUGGCCUGCAAAGCCACUGGAGUGCCCAAACCUACAGUCACAUGGUACAAAGGUAUGCCAUUGGAUCCAUGCUUUUUAAUCAUUUGCUUUGAACACAAUUUGUGCGUAAUAAAGGCUACCUGUAAUGACUAACUUCUGUUUACGAAGAGCUUGUUGUAUCUCAUUGGUGCUUUGUUUACCUGUUUGAUAUAGAUGGGCGUGCCGUGGAGGCAGAUCCUCAUCACAUCAUCAUCGAGGACCCUGAUGGUUCCUGCACUCUGAUCCUGGAUAACAUGACAGCAGAUGAUUCUGGCCAGUACAUGUGCUUUGCCUCCAGCUCAGCUGGCAAUGCCAGCACUCUUGGCAAGAUCACUGUUCAGGGUAAGGAGAACUGUGUCCAAGUGUUUAAUGGACCCAGAUGUUUAAUAUACAAUUGCAAUACAGCAAAGAAUAGAUCACGAGCUUGUGUUUGGACAUGUAUCAAUAAUGAGAAUUCUUUCUUGCAGUGCCUCCUCGUUUUGUGAAUAAAAUAAGGAAUGCCACAUUCGUUGCUGGUGAGGAUGCUCAGUUCACCUGCGUCAUACAAAGUGCUCCAACCCCCAAGAUCAGGUUUGUGAGCACACAUCAGUGGAACUUGACAACUCCUUAAAAACUUCCACUAACUUUCCUCUGCCUGUGCUUGACUCUCUGUGGUCCAGGUGGUUCAAGGACAGCAGGCUGCUGACUGACCAGGAAAAGUAUCAGACCUACAGCGAGCUCAGAAGCGGGGUUGUGGUCUUGGUGAUUAAAAACCUGACGGAGAGAGACGUAGGACACUACGAGUGUGAGGUGAGUGAAUAUAUAUGAAGAUCCUAUUUAAAGCUUAUAUGCUCAGAGUGUGGUGUUACAGCUCACAGUCACCUGAAUCUUGUCAUUCGAUCUCAGUUAACCAUAAGAUAUAACUUCAAACGCUCUCAAAAUAUCUCGCUCCUGCUUUCUCCAGUUGUCGAAUCGUCUGGGCAGCGCCAAGUGUGCUGCCGAUUUAGUUCUACCCUCUGCUGUGGCUCGCACUGCUGAGCAGGCAAUCACUAUUGAAGGUACGAACGCUGACUUUAUCUCCAGAAAACACUCUCUCCAAACUUUGGGUAUAAUGUUGCCUUUUUCAUCCUCCUUAUUCGUCCUCCACUUACCUCUCUGUGCUUCUUCUCUUGAUAGUUACUGAGCAGGAGACAAGAAUACCAAAGAAAACCAUCAUUAUGUAAGUGUGAACCAAAGGUUUCCUCAGGCCUGCAGCAUGUCUACAUAUAUGGAUUAGGAAUAGUCCGUGAAUGAGGAGCGGUGUUUUAUUUCAGGCGUUGCUAUAUUGAUGUUGCUAAGUAAGAGAGGAAAUGAACUUGAAGUCAAUCUAGAGCAUUCCUCUACGUGUAUUUGUGUAUUUGUGUAUGUGUGUGUGUGCGCCUCUCGCAGUUGUGAAUUGGAUGCAUUGUUGUGUAGUAUUUAAAGCCUGAGUGCAAAGGAUUCUGUCACAGGGAUGAAGAAAGGAGGGGCGGUCUCCUUUAACCCUCAGCUCUAUUACUACAGCUCCUCACACAGGGUUCAUAUUUGCAUCCGACUGCACUCACUUUCUCUCUCCAACAGUGAGGAGACCAUAACCACCGUGGUGAAGAACCCACGUAUGAGGAGGCACAGGUCCCCUGGCCUGACUGUUACAGGGGUCCAUCGCUCGGAGACCUCAACCCCAGAGCCGGCCACAUCCAGGCAGAGGAGGAUGCCCACCACAAGAAAGACCACCAUCCCCACUCUUUAUGUUACUGAGGCACAGGGUGCUGAAGCCAGGGUUGUAGAGACCAGGCCCAGAUGGGUGGAGGUAGAGGAGGUCAUCGAGUAUAAAGUCAAUAAAUCCCCCAGGAUGCCCAGAAGAAGGAACAUCUCGCCUGCUUGUUCGGAUCGUGCAACCACUCCAUUGAGAGCUAGAAGGUCUCCACCAGAGAAUCCAAACGCCAAUAACUCCAACAACAAGCUGGUGGAGGAGGCCCAGGCCCAGCUGCAGGGAGACGUCAGCAGCCAGCCGCUCUCAUGGGAAGAAGAGGAGGGUCAUGUGACCUCCGAUCCUGCCCCUGCUGAACCACAUGAGCUCUCCACGGUUCUUGCUGCAGCUGGAGAUGACAGCGAGGACCAGGAUGAUCAGGAGACCAUCAUCUUUGUUCCAGAUGAUGAAGACGAUGAUCAUAGCUCUGCAGAGAAGCAGGAGCCCAAGAUCCUUACUCAAGGAGGACGCGUUCUGACCCUGGAAGACUUGGAGGAUUACGUUCCAGAAGAAGGAGAGACCUAUGGCUCCUCCAGCACCUGUAAACCCCCUGUGGAAAAACCCUGUGAGAUCUCAGUGCUUCAGAGGGAGAUCGGCGGCUCAGCGGUGGGACAGCCGGUGCUCCUCAAUGUGGGGAGACCAGCCGCAGUCCCGAGGCACAGGAGCGGCUUCUUUGGCCGUUUUAGAGACCAUCUCUCCAGCAGCAUUUUCUCAUCUGCUGCCCCACAAGCCAGCGGAACCAGAUCCAGAGUAGAAAAGCACAUCCCAAUCCAGGUGAGCCACGCCAAGCUGGAGGUGAAACCCUCAUACUGCUCUGAGGUGCAGAGAGUUGAGGGUGGGCAGCAGAGUUUUAAAACCAAAGUGUCGACUCAGACCUACGGUUACACAUCAGUGGGCAACCCGGUCAAUAUUCAAAUCAGUCAGAAAAAGUAGUGAAAAACAAUCAUUCACCAAACCGUCAUAGUCUUAAACAGAGACAUAUCAACGAGUUAAACAAUAACACAUACCCUAACCUGAAGUUCACUCACUACAUUUGACGAACCAUUCCUUAUCGAAACUGCCAAUCAGAGAAAAUCCUCUGAGUCUUUACCUGAAAUGAGGUCAGUCAGGUGGUCUGUGUAGACGAGGCGAGUUGGAGAGUCGCUGAAAUGUGUCG